CUUUUUUUUUUUUUUUCCUACCUGAAACUUGCGCGUGUGUGUUUAGUUGUUUUCGGUUCUUGUAAAGAGUGGUGAUGGGGAACAAGGCUUAUUUUCACAAUCUCUGUGUGCCACCCCUCCCCUCCCCUCCCCCCAAAAUUAUUGUGGCAUGAAGUGUCAUUGCCUCUUCGGCAGCUUCUGUUUACCAGGGUAAAAGGUUAUUAUUUAGAAUUUGUUGUUCAGUAUAGGGUCCAAAGUUGCUUGGUCGACCUUGAAAUUGGACUUUCAGACAAGAAGCUUCCGUGUUAGUUCUUUCUUUGAAGGCUUUGGCUAUUUGGAUACUGAUUUUUGUUUUUAAUUGAUCACGCCCUUUUCCAUGUUAUAAGGAACUAUAAAAAUGCACCAGUUGUGACUACUUCAGUACUAUAAAGGUGAACAGAUAGACUGAUGAUAGAUAGAUCCCCAUGCCUCUUAAUUUUUUUCAUAUAUAUGUAUGUAUGCACAUAUAUAUCCAUCUUUGGUGGGCACAGUGUAUAAAAAAUAUAGAGAGAUUUAUUUAUAUAUCUAUAUUCAGAUAUCUGUGUAUAUUUUUAUACUUAUUUAUAUAUCUAUAUUCAGAUAUCUAUAUAUAUUUUUUGUACACCAUGCCCACCAAAGAUGGAUAUAUGCACACAUAUCUUUAUCUGCAUCUCUGCCUAGCUGAUCAGUCAUGUGUCUCUAUAGAUAGAAGUGAAGGAGGAGAAGAGAUAUACAUUUGGGAGACCUUGCAUGAUGCAGUGAAUGACUGGAGGCAAGCCAGGGUCACAUCUCUCACAUCUUCAUUUUCUCAUCUGUUUGUUGAAGAGACUGGCUCAUAUCGUGGUUCUCAACAGGCUGGGCAGGGAUAUCAGAAUGCCCUGGGGGUGCUUUAUCAAGCUAUAAAUGUUCCCUGGAAAUUCCUGUACUUACAGAGGCAUGAAACUCCCCCACCUACCCCUUCUUUGGGAAUUGCCACCAUGGAGCGACCAGUAUGAUGACCGACCCAUGCUGAAUCUCUCAUGGGUCCUGGGGUGAAGAAGAGUCUGAGACCACUGGCCCAGAGGGAGCACUAAUGGGGUCCCCUUGAGCUGGAACACUCCUUGAUUCCAUCGGCUAAUGUUUUCCCGAGGAUCCCUAGUUUGUGGGUUAUUCAGAUUCAGAUUAUUCUGCUAAACAAUUGCAGGCCUCAGCAUGGUUUGAGAAAUCCACUGUAUUCAUGACCUAGGCAGCCUUCCACCUGUUUCAGGGGGGUGUUGUACGUAGGGGUGAGGAUGAGGGGAUGAUGUAUAAUCCAACAAGGAAGGGAGGAAAGAAGUAGGGCACCUAGGUUCAUCGGACCUGGCUUUUUCUUUUUUCCUUACAAACUUUUUUGUCGGAUGCCUUUCACAGCUCUGGCUUACUGAACGACUGCCAUUCUAUAAGAGAAUAGUAGUGUUUCUAUAAGUUAUUUUCUCCUUUUUCCAAGAAGAAUUGUUUAAUACUCGAAUAACCUUUUGUAUUCAAGUAGAUGAAUGUAUCCAAUACAUUUUUUAAUACCUUCUCUUUUCAGAUCAACCUCUACAAAUCUUCCCUUUUUAACACUUCUGUUUUGAGGGUUGUUUUUUUUCCCCAUAUCCCUGACGUCCAAACCCCUCUGUCCUGCUUGCCACUGAAGAGGUCUGUAAAUUUCUGACACAAAAUAAAACUGAAAGAAUGCUUUCCCUCACUUAAGAGUGUUCAAAGAGCAUCACAAUGUAACAUGAUGAAAAAUGUUUUAACCUUUUUGGCUAAUUUAAGAGUUAUUAGUCAUUGAGCUUGAAAGCUGUUGUGUCUGGAAUUGGUAAUAGAAAGAAGUUCCAAUUUAACAGUGAUCACAAUGGUUGUUAAGAGUUCCUAAAUUAGUUUUAAAUGUUCUCACAAACACAAGCAUCUGACUUUUGAAUGUUUUCCUGAACUUUCUUCUGGUAAAGCUAAUUUUAAUGCUGUUUUUCUUCUCCAGCCUCUUAAAGUGGAAGCUUUCUUUUGGAAUAAAGGUACCUUUAAAGAGCUUUUAGAUGGCUAGCCUAAUCAUUAGAAUAUUAGAUUUUUCUUUAAUCUUUAAUAUUAGUUGAGUUUGUACUUCGUAUAGUAUUUCAUUCUCCUAAGUGGACACCCUUUCCCCCCGCAAAAGAGCUUAUUUUGACCUGAUUUGCAUACCUUCGCCAACAUCCCUCCCCCACCUUCCACGUUGGGUCACACAUCUAAACUUCCAGAAAACACCCUUUUAAACCUCCAAUUGGUUGUAUUUGAAAGCAACAUGGGUUAAAGAGUUUGUUAAAAUGUGGGGUUGGGUUUCUCCAACCAACUAACAGCUGGUAGGAGAACAUAAAUUUCAUUAGCAUUAAACAAAUGUUCCUAAUAUUAAACACUGCCAGAUGACUGAAGCACUUCUGUCAGAUUACCGCGAGUGCCAGGGGGCCCACAGAUGAAUUUUCUACACAGUAUAUAUUCUGUACCACACGUUUGGUGACUUCAGUAAUUGGUCAAAUGUAAUUUAGGUAACAGUAUGCCUAGGCUGUAAAAAUCAAAUUUUAUUAGCCAUAUCACCAGGUGGGUGAAUGGUGGAGCUGAUGGCAAAGGGUUUAUAGCAUUUAUCAGCUACACCUUUGACACAUGGAAUUCAUAAAUUGCCAUAACAUACCUGCAAGGCCCUUCUCAAAAGGACAGUGUCUGCUUUCCUAUGAUUAAAUAAUGUUUGUUUUAUUAACUAAUAUAUUUUCUGCUUUCUCCUCUUAAAUGGGAUUAUGGAGUGGGGGUGAGAGAGGGCAUUCAGAAGAUAAAUAAAACACGGUUCUUGCUUGCUUGGAGGAUUUAAAAAUCUAAUUGGGGAAGACAGGAUUAACACACCUGAAAGGUUAACUAAUGUUACAAGAAAGUCAAUGAUUAAGUAUUUGGUGAGUGUUGCAGAAAGCAAGCACAGGAGGAAUUUAGCACUGGGCUGGCCAGGGCAGGGAGGGGGGUGAUCCUUGGAGGGGGGUCAGGGAAAGCCUCAUGAAAAAGGCAAGACUGGGUCUGGUUUUAAAGGACAGGGAGAGGGGCGCCUGGGUGGCUCAGUCAGUUAAGCAUCUGACUUCCACUCAGGUCAUGAUCUCACAGCUUGUGGGUUCGAGCCCCGCAUUGGGUUCCACGCCAACAGCACAGAGCCUGCUUGGGAUUCUGUCUCUCCCACUCUCUCUGCUCCUCUCCCACUCGUGCUUUCUCUCUCAAAAGUAAAUAAAUAAUAAAAACUUAAGAGAAAAAAAAAAAAAGGAUAGGGAGAAAGGCUAAUAGAAAAGUUUUGGAAAUACCUAGAUCACUGACGAUUCAUGUCCUGACUCUCCAUGUUAAGAAUGGCUGCCUUCACCCUGGGUGAACCGUUGGCCUUCCCUUACUUGGUUUGCCCCCAAUAAAUGGACUGGUGCCUUCUCUUUACCAGGGGGACAGGAAUAUGAGUCUGUGGACCAGGGCUGGGACGAACCCAGGCAGUGGCUUUAGAGCCCAAACUAGGCUUUCUUGGGCAGAGAUGACCCACAUCCUCUGUGCGUGUGACAGCCUCUUCCAACUGCUCAGACAUCAUCACCCCUCCCCACUGUUUCAAUGUUGUCCACUGAAUAACAGGUUUAAUUGAACAAUAAAAGUAAGGCUUUUAAAUCUACAAUGAAUCCCUAUAAAUAAAUUCUCCGUGGAAUUUUAUGAAGCUGUUUAAUGAAAAGUUUGAUUAGAAACUAUUAAAGAAAAAUAGAAUAGAUGAAAUUUCAUCAUUUAGUCCCACAUUACAGUGGUGUCAUUUUGAUUUUUAUUUACAUUGAGAUAUUCAGAAUAGAGUAAAUAUAUCCUGGUUUUAAUUAACUAUCCUCCUUACUUGGGAAAGGUUAUUUUAGGCUUGAAGGGUUUUGAUAGCAUACCAUCUGCUUUCGUCCCUGUAUUUUAUUCAAGUCCCUUCCCUGCUUACAGCGCUGUGCGAUAUCUAAACCUAUGACAUAAGCAUAAAUCGAAUCAUAUUAAUGGCAGGUGAUUGAAAAGCUUGAGCCUCGACAUCCUGCCUGAAUCCUUCCGUCUUGUCAGUUACAAUGCUCUUAAAGGCAAUGUGCUGUUUUCUCAGCACAAGAAAAUGGACUAUUUUUAAAACUAAAGCAAUGGACUCCCCAUUAAAGCAUUGCGAAAACUGAUUGUAUUGCACAUGCAAUUAGGAAAUGAGAUUAUAAUAAUAAUGAAGGGAAAGUGACAUUACGAAUGACAAUUUUUCUCAUAAAAAUCUCUCCCCUGUGCAUAAUUCCUGCCCCCACUGUCCUGUUAGACUCUCCUAGCACGAGGCAUUCUUCAACCAUCCCCCUACCUUGCUUUUACCUCUUUUUAUAAUUUGAUUCCUCUUUUGUAAAACGCAUACCAUCAUUUAUAUCAUGCUAUUGUCUGGACGGUAGGAAAAACAUACACGUGCACCCAUUUUGCCUAUUUUCCCUGUUAGAACAAUAAAAUGCCUACCAGUUUGUCAUGUGUGCUGUUUACAUGACUAUCACACGAUUGAUUUCACAUGUGUGAAGUGUUGACAGCCAACUCCAAACAGAGGUGUGCACAGUACAGUAGGUACAUGGACAACUUUAAGGUACCAGCUUUAUCAGAUGUAAGGUGGACCCAGUAUAUAUAAAUGAGAUGAAAUCAGUCCGUAAAUAUGGGUGGAACUAAAUGGAUUAAGAUAUGGUUAAUUAAAAAUAUAACAAAAGAUACGGUUUAUUUUAGUCUGAGUUUUGAAUUACAAAGAAACAUAAGACAUUCUUCUAAGUUCUUUGGAGUCGGGGUGUGUGUGUGUGUUUGUGUGUAUGUGUGUUCCUUGACCAAGGAAUGGGAUGGAGUUAAAGGAAGGAUGUGGUAAUUCACCUGAAAAGAGCAGAGAUGAGAUGGACUGCUAUCUUGGCAUUUGGUCCACGUGCAGGAAACCAUGAGGUCCUACCCUCAGGGAGAAGGUGGCUACAUCAGCAUUAAAACAUAUCCUUUGCUGAAGCGCAAGGAGCAUGGCACCAUUUAGGAGAAAGAAGUGCCAGGCUUACAAACAGGUACAGUAUUAAUCAAGGCUCGCCUGUCUGAUUUGCUAUUCCUCUGGGCAAGAGAUGUAAGUCCCCUCACUUGUCCCAUCUUUAAAACCGGGUAGUAAUAGCUCAUCGCCAGACUCAGACUAAAUCUGUAUCCGCUUGACCAAAAAAAAGUCCUCGUGGUGAAUGAAGAUUCUCUACUGUUUCUAUUAGAACUUAGGACUUAGACAACUUAGAAUCAUCUACACUGAUCUUGCUCUGUAAAUAAUAAAGGAACUGUUCCUCUAAGGCCCUGGGACUCUUUCUAGAACCAUAAUGGAAAAGAAAACUUUCCUACUUUUUACAGUAUGUUUUAAAGAAUCUUUUCUGACUCUGCACUGAACUUUCCAUUUCUGUUUUCCUGUUGGGUGAAAUAAUGACAUUCUAGACAAAAGAAGAAAAAGCCAAGGGAGGGAGGAAAACAGAAGAGGGAAUGAAACUUUGACUUCUUAUGAAAGAAAAUUCAGGAUGCAUAAAAUUAUUUUGAAGCAGAGGACGAGCUGGACUGUGCCUCUUCCCUCUAAACAUCACAUGUUUUGCUGGAAAUGAAAGGAAAGGCAGUUGUUUUGUUAAGGAUCAUGGGAAUUUGUAAGUGAGUAAACAUUUUUUUUUCCUUGCCAAAGUAGGUUUCAUGGUCACAGUGGAUUUCGAUGAUCAAAUGGCCUUGCUCCUGGCCCCUGUCCAUAUUCAGGCUUUUGCUGCCUGCCUGCAGUGCCCACUGAUCUCCCAAAUGAUAACAAGGCAGAUGUUUCUCUUUAAUUGAAGCAGAGUGGAAAAGGAGCCGUGCUUCUUGUAUAUUGCUAUUUAUGCAGAAGACCUUAACCUUCAGAGAUCUCUCUUGGAGGACUGUUUUGUCUUGGAAAUUUUCUAGAGAUUCUGUUUGCCAUUAGAUAGUGGCCUACCCAGGACCAUGCUUGGUACUUUCUGUUUAUUGCAUGUGCUGCCCAAGUAGGGGCAGAGGAAUGUUUAAGUUCAUCAUACAACGUAGUAAAUGUAGUGGUAUAUCGGAUGUGCUCAAUAGUACAUGUAAUGAUUAACAUAUGGCCUUGGCUUCCAGGACGCUAAGACACAAAGAGGGCUGGAGAGCAGACCUCCUGGGGCAGAGCGUUGGAAGCUAGGGUACCAUCUCUGUGGAGGGUUAACGAACAGAAUUUUUAUGUUGUUACUGCAAGUUAACUUUCAGAGUCAUGCUAUAUGGAAUGGGUAGGAUUCAUGGAUUUCUUUUCUAUUUUUGGAACUUGAAGGGAUAUUUUAAAAUAACUGUGGACUCCUUUUGUAGCCGAGGGGACUCAAUGGGUUAUUAAAAACUAUUUGGACUCAGGGGUACAACAAACUCUUGUUCACUCCAGAAAAAAGGAUCUGUGUCUAUAUUGGCUAAUAUUUCACCUAGCAUUUCAUUUAGAAAAGCAAGAAAGUUAUAUCCCAUUACAUUAGCAAGAUCAACAUAUUCCUCUCUAGGGUGAAAUAGAUAUUUUUAUCAGUUAACACACACACACACACACACACACAAACACAACAGGAAAGAACCAGGUCAUUGAAAAAUCACAGGCAAAAGUGCUACUUAGGGUAGGGAUGGUAGAAUGAGGAUCAGAAUAAGUCUGUAUUCGCUUGAUUUGUAAAAUCCUCUUGAUAGCAAAAGAUACCCUCUAAACCCCUUCAUUCUAUCUGCUCAAGGAAAUUGUAUUGAUUAAAGUUCCUUGGACUGUAGCAAGGCUGUCUGGGGAUGCUGGGAGCCCACGACAGUGCCUGAUACUCAGUACGUUCUUGUCCAUUUAUGCAUUGCACCAAUAUCUAUUACACACCUACCAUGUGCCAGGUAUUGUUCUUGUCCCUGUGCACACAGUUGUAAAUAAGACAAAACAAUUUAUACUCCUAAUGAUCUUACAGUGUGGUAUGUGGGGAGAAGAUUGGGAAAAUAUGGGAUAGGCAUGCCAUGGGUAUUAACCAUACCUCAAGAGCUGUGAGGAUUAGGACACUUAGAUGGUCCAUGGCAAGUACCACUUAAGUACUCAUCAUUAACUAAGUCUUCUUGUACCUCUUGCACCACGCCACACAACCUUACCCACCUACCAAGUCCAUAGUGGUUCCUCAAAAAAACAUUUAUAGAAUUAUUUCAUACCUAUACAGACUACUGGGGAAAUGAGGUAUCAUUUGCUAGUAAAGAUCAUUCAACAACCACUCAUUCCAGAAAUACUUGUUUGUCCUUCUGCAUGGAAUGUGUUUCCCCAGAUAUCAUGGGUCUGGCUUCUUCUCAUCAUUGCAUCCUCAGCUCAGAUGUCUGCUCCCCAGACAAGUCUUCUCUGACUUGCCCCUUUUCACGUGUUCCGCUGUACCCCGUCACCCAACAUAUACUUACCGUCCUAUAACUUAUCUCUAUCUGAGAUUAACUAUCAUAUUUGUUUUGUUAUAUGUUUAUCGUCUGUGUCCCCCAUCCCCACCUGUGUUAUAAUGUAAGCUCUUUAAGAGAGGGUUCACGUGGGGCACCUGGGUGACUCAGUCAGUUAAGUGUCUGACUCUUGAUUUUGGCUCAGGUCAUGAUCUUACAGUUUGAGAGUUCGAGCCCUGCCUCCCUGCUUGGGAUUCUCUCUGUCUGCCCCUCCCACGCUCGCUCUCUCUCAAUAAAUAAGUAAACUUUAAAAAAAAGCGGGUUCACAACCCUGUACCCACCCAGGGACCAGAACAAUACUAGACACACAGUAGGUGUGUAAUAAAUAUUGGGUUAAAUGAGUGAGUGGAUGCAUAAAUACUCUGUGUCAAUAUCAUUGCUCUCCCCCAUUUUUUGAAGUAAGAACACUUAUGCACAGUAAAGUUACCUAUCAAGUGGCAGAACCAGGGUUUGAACCUAGACACUCUGGCUCAGCGUCCAUGCUCUGAACAAUGACACUAGACUGCCUUUCAGCUUGGACCUGGCUCAGAAAGAUCUUUCCAGCUUCCUAAGAUCCGGCUGCCUGGAAACAGAUAACUGGUCACCAGCUCUCUAGAUAAUGAAUAUACAGUGGGUUCUGUAGGCUUUACAGAGACUGGUGUGUGUUGGAGAGGUUAGGAGAGGAAUGAUCAUGACAAUUCAAAAUCUGAUCAGGAAACGUUGAUGCCAGCCACCGUCCUCGCUUGUCUGUAUUCUACCAGCCUCCCUGAUUCAGCCUUCGCUGGCCUGCGGUCUCUUCUGCACACGAGCCAGAGUGGUGCUCCCCAUCUCAUCACACAAGCAGGUAUAAAUAGAGAGCCCUGUGAGAGCUGGAGGUUGAAAGGGGCAGAUAGUAAACUGCCCUGUGUUCCCAUGGACUCUUUUUAAGGCACGGGGUUGUGAUGCUGACAGGACUUUGAUUAUACACCUCUCUGUAAUUUUCUGCUUAGGAACGCAUUGGCUUUCCCAACUUGGCAUCCUCCCUUAAUGAAAAAAUUAUAGGUCUAAUUUCAAAAAAUGAAAUGUAUGCAAGCUUUCCUGCUUCUGUCACUUCUUUAUUCCUGUAGCACAUAAAUCAUUUCCCUUCUUAAAAUUAAAUUUUGCUUGCCAUGAUCUGGUAAUGGGUUUUCAAAGGAGGCAGACUAGCCAAGCUCUUGGCACAGGUGCAGGCGGCACUGCCUGCUCAGGAAAUCUUCUCAUCGCUGGCUGGCGUGGGCCUCGACUCCAUCAUCUGGGCUUUAUGCUCCCUCUGGAAGUUGCCUAGAAACUCUCUCCCUGAGAGUCUCUUCUCUGAACGGCCUUUUUGGCUCUCCAGUUGCCAUCAUGGAAGACUGAAGAACAGAUGGGAUUUGGGCAGAAAAAGACUGGUACGUUCUAAUACUUCUGGGUGCUUCCAUUCAUGCAUUGAACACCGGCUCUGUUGAAGGCGGAGGUCCAGGCAUUGUUGGGACAUGGGUCUCUGCUCUAAGACACUUAAAACAUGAGUUGGCAGAGAUAAGACAUAGAGUGAUGGACCACUAUAGAUAUUAUUGUGAUCUUAAAAAUUCCUCAUCUUACCACGAGCAGCCUUAUAACAUAGUUAUUUCGGGGUCACAGAUCUAGCACGUUGCCAAAGUGGGAGUUAGCACCCCCACCCCAGUCUGCUGACCCCAGGGGGUACACGUUUCCACCCUAAAGUGACAGAAGCAUGGGGCUAAGAUUCAGGACUUAUUUUGAUGUUCAGAGGAGAUGAUAUCUGUCAAGCUUUGUAAAUGAGAAAGCUCUGCCAUAUAAUCGGCACUGCAAGGCAGUCCACUAAGGGCUAACCAGAGGAGGCCAAAUUGUAGGUGCCCCUGGAAUUAAAAGAUGUAAAAGAGGGCCCAGAUGUCAGGAGAAGGCUCUGAAAGGAAGUGGAUCUUCAACUGGACCUUGAGGGAUUCAAAAAAAAAAAAGGAAGUUAUUUCAGGUGAGGAGAUAGAAAAUACUCCAGACUUUGAAGCUCAAAGAAAGAGAUUGUUUCCUCUGCCAUUUUUAGCUUUCAGCAUAGACGUUAAAACACACACACACACACACACACACACACACACACACACACAAAACAAAUAAAAUACCAGCCUCUGCAAGCAAAACUUUUUUUCUUCCUAGAAGAUGUCACCUUCCCCUGAGGGAGCCAGUGCUUCUGAGUCCUUCUCUCAGAGACCCCAUUGUGGUUAGGACCCAGGGGAAGCCUCUUGGAGGAAAAAUCAACUUGUCUCUUAUUAAAUUGGAAAUUUCCCCUUGGGCCUAUAAGAAGGAGAAGGAGAGAUGCAUCAACUUUGCAGCAGGGGGUAAAGGACUGAGGUGCCUGCUUGGUUUCCUGGACGUUUAGGGGCUGCUUCUAGGUUGAAACUGUAGAUUCAGAACAAUCUUCUAGAAUACUUCACUCCGUGUCCUUCUGUGUUCCUCAGUACUUUCUCAAAGUUGCUUUUUUCUUCUGUUUGGUAUUAAAGUUAAUGGAUUCUAUUGCAUUUCUCUUCCCUAGAUUCUAAGCUCCUAGGGGGAGUAAGAAUCAUGCGUUACUCACCUCUGUAUCAACACAUGUUUGUGUAAGUGAGUAAAAAUCCUGCCAAAUGUCAGAAGGCUUCAAAUUAUCAUUUUAUCUCCUUCCUUAAAGUCAAGUAUUUCUUAACCUCAAUCUUUAGCUCAUUGCCAAUUGAUUGAAUUCUCAAGGGAAAGUAUCUAGCUCAAAGGACAUGUUUUUUUUCCUCAACAUUUACUCAUCUCUUCAAACCAGAGGAAUGUUCUUCAUAAAUCGGUCAAGAUCUUUGGUUGACGAGUUUUCAUUGGUUAUGAUGUUUAAUAGAUCCCGGAGUCUGCACAACCUAGAAGGGUGUUCUCUGAGGAAGUCAAGGAGCAUCCAUAAAUUAAAGCAAAUAGUAGCCUGUACCCAUAAGUCACCACACUGAUCUUUCCAGCCUCUAACCCACAGAUCUCAGAAUUCGGUGUGAAAAUCAAGGAACACUGGCAGGGUCAUUAGCAUCUAGGACAUUGACAAGUUCCAAUUAAAUGUGGGCUAUCUGGAUCUGAAACAUAAUAUAGAUCACAGUUCACACUGGGAUCAGAUCAGAAAGUGUUGGAAAAGAAAAAGCUUAGCCAGUUGAACAUUCAUUACUAGGAAGAUUACUUGGUGGAUGGCACUUACACCCUGAGCAUACUUUGUGGAUUGUUGACUUACGUCGUGUUCUUUAUGGAUGAGGAUGAGACCUUCUAUCUCUCAGGAGAGCUUCAGUGAGGAGAGCUCCAUCUUUGGAUGAGGCAAGUUCACAACACACAGGGUUUAACAGACCACACUUUCUUCCUCACAGUUCCAGACGUGAAUAUUAGGUCUUUAUUUAUUUUCUUUUUAAUUUUUUAAAUGUUUAUUUAUUUUUGAGAGAGAGAGAGAGAAAGAUUCAGAGCACAAGCAGGGGAGGGGCAGAGAGAGAGGGAGACACAGAAUCUGAAGCAGGCUCCAGGCUCUGAGCUGUCAGCACAGAGGCGGACGCGGGGCUCGAACCCAUGAAGCGUGAGAUCAUGACCUGAACUGAAGCCGGACACCUAACCAACUGAGCCACCCAGGCACCCUGAAAAUUAGGUCUUUAAAAUAGGAGAUAGGGGCACGUGGGUGGCUCAGUCACUGAAGUGUACAACUCUUGGUUUCAGUUCAGAUCAUGAUCUCGUGGUUCGUGGGUUCGAGCCCCACAUCAGGCUCUGCGCUGUCUGUGAAGAGUCUGCUUGGGAUUCUCUCUCUUCUCUCUCUGUCCCACCCCCACUCACUCACUCUGUCUCAAAUAAAUAAACUCAAAAAAUAAAUAAUUAAAAUAAUAAAAUAGGAGAUCAAAUAUUUUAACAAAGAUGACCAUGCACAGUGCCAGAAACUAUACUCUGUCAGGGUGCUGACCGCUGCCCCAUUCCAAGCACAGACACCUUCAGAAAGAGAAAGGAUGUUGGUAAAAGUGGAUUCUUUUGCUCCUUUUCUUUAUCAUAGUCCAGAUGACAGGCCCUAUGCUAUAGAGAAUGCAUUCUGUCCCUUUGUUCUUCAAGAAAGGGAGUUAAAAUAUGUCAGAACUAGAACAAAAGGGGCCACAGGGACCCCUAUUAAAGUGUCUUGCUGACCUUGCCGGAGCUGAGGUGAGGAGGUAGCCUCAGAGAGCAGAGAGACCAUAGCCUGGCCUCUUCCAACUGGGGCAGAGGCUCAUCCCGCCCUCACACUGGCAUCCACAACCCAGGAGAAGAAUGUCCUUCACACACAGAGGAGUGUUGAUCAUACUUUUCAAGUGGCCUUCACCCCAUCUUCAAGAUCUUGCCUCUGAACAACCUUGUAUAACCUCAAGGACCUGUGUCCAUGACCCCUUUGGGCAGUUGAAGAACUGAUCGGGAAAUUCAGGAGUUAAACAUGAGUGUAGUAGUGGUAAGACCUCACUGGGAUGUGGGCAUCAGCUUCUCGAUCUGCGCUUCUGGGGGCUGUCCCCCCCCCAUAUGGGGCCCAGUCCUGAAGGGCAUGGCAUCACCACCACGAGAUCCUAUGCAGCAAACUCUAGUCAACCAGGAUCUUGAGUCAACCAGAUGCUCCCCAUCCCGAAUACCCUUUGUACAAUAUUUCAAGGAGGGGGAAAAAAUAGUAAAACACAGCUCAUAUGUUUUUCAAAAUAUUUUUCUCAUUAUGAAAUUAUUUCCAUUAUGGAAAGGACAAGGAUAAUAAUAAUAAUAAUUGCCACUCUUCUGUGAGCAUGCACCAUAUGUCAGGCCUUAUGCUAACUCCUUUACAUACAUAAUCUCACUCCUUAGAGGCCCCUGUAAGGAAUCCCAUAUUAGCCAUCACUUCACAUGGGAGGAAGCAGAAGCUAAGAAAGGUCACAUCAGCCCAAAGUCACACGGCUAGUAAGUGGUCAGGCUGGAUUCCAGUUCAGGUCUGUCUAGCUUCAAAGCUGGUAUGCUCCUCCACUCUUUGAUAUUGCCUCCCUAAAUAUCAUUGGUAAUCUCAUCAGGGUUUAUCUAUUUCCUUCCAGACUUUUUCCAUAGCAUUUUUAUUUACUUGAGAACAGUUUAUACAUGCAGUUUUUUACCUUAAAAUUUUAGCACUUAUAAACAUUUCCUCAUAUCCUUAUGAACAGUUUCACUAGCACCAUUUUAAUGGUUGCAUAAUACUGAAUCAAAUGACUUUAUCAGAGUUUACAUAAUCCCUUUCUAUUAGAAGUUGCUUUGUUUCUUCCAGGGUUUUGUUUAGCUUUGUUGCUUCAAUGGGUAAUGUAUAAUUAACACUGUAAUGAACAUCUUUGUUUAUAAAAGCAUCAGCAUUUUGAUGGUUUCUUUCGGAUAAAUUCCAAGAAUCUCUUAUUGCCAAAAUUAUUUUCCUUCUCAGCAAUAGCAGAGAUAUCAGAUAAUCAGAGCCAGCCCAGUGCUUGGUUACAAUCAGCCCUAUCUACUGAACCUUCUAUGGCUAUGGUUGACGACACUGAGAACCCAGUGUUCAGAAUGAAGAUCCACAGUUUCUGUGUGACUCUAAGACACAAGAGGAAAAAAUUUCUUCAGUGAAUACUGGGGGACUUAGGCAAGAAAGUGAGCUCGGGCAAAGAUCUUUGGUCUCCCGAAGAACUCACUAAAAUUGUGAUUUUUAGUCUCAGACCUCCUGAAUUUGAAUGGGCAAUGUCCCAUCACCAACAUUUUAAUCUUACUUUAUGCACACUUAAGACUGAGACUCAGUGUUGCAGGAAUGCCCAAAGUUGUAGUGGUGGCCAUGAUGCUGACGAGUGGAAGUCGACAGGGUAAUGAUUACUGCCAGCUCUUCCUUCCUUAAUUGCUUCCAUCCAGGUGUGAUGGCAGAACCCUUGAGCUGCAAUUGCACUGACGUGCUAGACUGAGAUGACAAAUGGCAGCAGAAGGUAGGGUAUGUUCCCCGGGCAGUCACGGGCUCCCGUAAAAGGCUUUCCUUAAGGAAAAGUGCAUGAUUUUGGAGGGAUACACUCUAGUGCUAUGAAUUACCCAGAAAUAGGAAAAAGUGCAAUGUACCAGAAAGGGCCCUUGACUGGGAGUCAAGAGAACUGAGUUUAGAAUCUGGCCCUCUCACCAAAUAUGGAGCUUCACCAACUCAGUUAAUUCCAGAUUUCCACUCUUACCUCUGAAAUGGAGGGUUGGACUGGAUUUUUGAGCUUUUUUGGAUUUCCGCCCCAUUGGAGGAUCUGAAGGAAGCUAUGAGUCUUCUUCUCAUGAAAGUGUGCGCGCAAACAUCAUCAUCAUCAUUACCAUCAUGGUUUUGAACAAUGUUAGCAAAAAUUAACCUAUCAAGCAAAUAUAGGAAAUCUGCAUAUAUUUUUCGGGAUUUGUCCACUUAUGUGAAACCUUAGGUUAUGAACCCCUAGACCAGGUGAUCUUCCAGAUCUCUUUCUGUCCUCACAUACUUGCAUUCUAUCUGUGAAACAGAUCAUGAUUUGUAACGAUUCUCUGUCAAUGUUACAUUUCACUACCUAGGGCAGCUCAUUUCCUGAGAAUUCUGGGUAAUUAAAAAAAUAACAAUAACUCAUACCUUUUAUUGAGAGUGUACUAUGUGUCAGGCACUGUAUUAGGUGUCUAAAUAGAGUCUGUGUCCCAAAAUGAUAUCUAUUUAAUGGAUCACAUAUAUUUUAUAUGAUUAAUCACUUUAGUGGAAGGUUUAGUGAAGGUUUAAGGUUCAAUGUGUAUUGAGCACUUAAUAUAUACAUCACCUCCUUAAAUUCUCACAAUACUUUGAGGUAGGUAGUGUCCUGUUUUGCAGAUGAAAAAAUUGAGGUUCAGAGCUAUUUAAGAGGAAGCCAUCCACCAGCAAGUGGUGGAGCUGGGAUUCAAACCCAGCUUGGUACUCUCCAGCUAGUGCUCCUGUGGGGUGUGCUGCAUUGCUGUCCAUGGUAAACGGGUAACUACUCUGAUUCGCGUGAAGAAUGAUUGCAAGAAUCCAAAGUGUGCUCAAAAUUUUUGACAAAAGGGAUGCAAAAAAUGUCCCCACAGAAGUUCUUCACAUUCAGCUGCACAGUCUUUGUUUCCAACCCCCAGCAAUAUCCAUUUAAUGAGGCAUGUGAGCCUAAGCACGAUAGCUCGCCUUAGCCUCCCCUGACAUAUACUGGGCACCUGCUGAAGGCGAGGUGUUACACUGGCAAGACUGGGGAGUGAGACAUCCGGUGUGUGCCAUCAGGGGCACUGCAUCAGGCCCAGUGUUCCCUCAGCGUGCAACACUGGCUCCAUUCUCACAGUGUGCUAAAUAGGGCAGAUUUAUGGCCCAUGGGCCCUAUCUGGCCCAUUGCUGUCUUACAGAGUUGCUUGUUUGUUUAAUUUUUUUAAGAGAGAGAGAGAAAGAGAGCGAGCACAAAUGGGGGAGAGGCAGAGAGAGAGGGAGAGAGAGAAUCCCAAGUAGACUCUGCACAGUCAACACAGAGCCCAAUGCGGGGCUUGAUCUCAUGAACUCUUGAGAUCAUGACCUGAGCCAAAACCAAGAGUCGGAUGCUUAACCAACAGAGCCACCCAGGUGCCUGAUGUCUUAUAGAAUGUUUUGCUGAGCGCUGCCACACCACACUCAUGUGUCUCUGUCUCGUCCAUGACUGUUUUUGUGCUACAACAGACAAGUCGAGUAGAGUAUGCCCUACAAGGCUGAAAAUAUUUACACUCCUACCCUUUACAGAAAAAUUUGCCGAUCCCUGAUACAGACCAAACAACUAGGUACUAUAUUUCAUCCAAUCUAAACAUCAUUUGUAAUACACAUCAUUUUCAUACAUACUGCCAAGAAAUAAAAAGCGUUAUCACUGUAAGAUGCUGUCCAUUUGGGAGGCCACCGAUUCUGGAGACAUUGAAAUGUGAUAAGAACUGUGUGCCUUACACUUGAAAUUUGGUACUUUUCAGAGAGAUAUUUUAGAGACAUUUUUUAAAAAUGUAAAUAUGGAUUGUCAUAAAGACUAUUUUCCCUUUCCCAUUAAAUCAACCACGUGUUGACUCCCUGUGAAACCUAUAAUAACAGACCAUGUGAUGGGACCCAGUGAAUUAGAAAAGUGCUGGCUUUUUGGCAUCUGUCUUGCCAAAGACUGUUGCUAUUAAUGAGUAGAAGAAAUAUUUUGGCAUUGUUCUCUGAUACUAUUUUCAACUCCUGUUAGUAUAAAUAUUUAGGGUGUUGCAGCACAGUGGCUUGUGUGGCAGUAAAAUUGUUAGUUCUUUUAUCUUAGGGCUGGAAUAUUUGAACAGUAUGCUUGCUCUUAAAAUGUGUUAGGCUGCGUACAAAAGGCUUUGUAGUAGUUUGGAAUGGGAAGCUUCUUAGAUGCUGCUUAUGGUCAGAUUCUUACCAGUCUGAAAAAUAUGCUAAUUACAUACAGGGCUCUGAGCGAAGAGUGAACUCAAUAUUACAAUUUUAAACUCCCUCAAAGCAAAAACAAGACACCACUUAAGGUGAGAUGGCGAUUAAUGCAUUAACAGUACGUGCCCGCUGUGUGUACACAAACUGAUCAUUGUGUGUUACACACAUUUGCGUAUUCGUGUAAACUGACCAGAGAGCAUCCAUAUUUGCAAAUGUAAGUCAUGGUUUUAUGUUUUGUUUUUCCUUCAAAAAUAGAAAUUUAGGAAUUCUGAGUCAGGCCACUUAUUCUUUGGCUAAUUUCAACUGCGGAGUAAGUUAUUAAUGACCCCCAGAUGUUGUUUAUAGUGAUUGGAUAUUUUCAGUUGUGAAGUAAUAUUUUCUUUUUUUGUGUGCAAGUGAUAUUUCUUAACAUGCUCUAUGGCAUCUGAAUAAAAGUUUGAUGGCAGAACAGUUUGCAUGUCCAAUGUAAUUGCUUCUAAGUGAGCUCUUCAUUCUUCACAUUUUUAGCUCUAAUUGCUUUUUUUCCCAUAUGUCUAAAAAUAAAUAUUUGCAAGUUUUGCGUUCUGCUACUCAUUGUAAUACAUAAAAUAUUUGUACACUGAGCAAAAUUCACUGAUAAUGUUCGCAAUGGGCUAUUUAGAGAGAGUAAGGUUUGUGUGGUAAGAGGAGAUAAAAUACGCUUUUAUUAGUAUAAAUGCCAAAGAAAGCCAUUUAUCAUAUUUUGAAAGAAUAUUUUUAAAGGAGUGGCCAGAUAUUUGACCUCUGGGACUAUUUAAAUAGAUUCAGUUGGAAAAAGAGAUCCUGAGUCAAAAAUAGUCUGUUUUGCUAUAUAAUGGAUAUUAUAAGUGAUCUUUGGAAGGUGGCAAUUAACUUUUGAUUAUCAGGGACAGGGGCCCCACUAUGUAGAUGAUCCAAGCCCCCCGACUCCCUGGGCAGGCCUCCUCUGCCUCCUCUGCCUUCAUUUGAGUUUAUUCCAGCUCAUUAGCACCUCCACCCGAAGGCUGGCAGAGAAAAGGGGAAGAAGAAAAAAUGAAAUCACUUGUUCUGCUCUUAAUGGCCUUUGGAAAGAAUGGAUCAUGAAUGAAAUAGAAACUAGUGGGAAAAAUAAGCUAUUGGAUUUUCAGUGUUUUCUUUUAUCCUUGCCUUCCUUCGUUGACACGAAUAAUCAAUAGUUGGCUUAAAGACUUUUAAAUGAACUGUACCUUGGAAGGCUUUGCAGUUAUAAUAGCAAUAUUAUUCCCUUUACGCUCCCAAAGACUGGGUGAAUUCCAGAGAGGUAAAUAUUGCCCAGUCUGCAUGUUGGCAUGUUUCUGAGCUUGCUGCCUUUGUUUUUCUUCUUUUUUUGGUAAAAAACAAAACAAAACAAAAAUAAAAACAAAACCCCACCUUCUCCCAGUCAGUUUUUAUGCACAGAAUUCUGCUUCCCCUGUCCCCGUAUUAAAUCUAAACAAUUAUUUGUGUGUGUUCAGAUAUACGCAUCUGCUUGGCCGCCAUAUCCUGUGAUCCUGUCCAUGAUACUGACCUGGCGAUACUUUGCAUUAAUGAAAGUUGGCGGGUUUGGUGUUUCUCAUCAUAUUUGCCUCUUAAUGUGUUGCUGUAUUUACAGUUCACCCAGAACAAUGUGUGACAAAGGUUUGCUUUUAGCAUAACAGCUGCCAGAUUUAUACCACAUCUCAAGGUUCUAUUAGACGUGACAAUAAAGCAAUUCUUCAAUGUUUGCAUUACUUAGCCAUCUUUUUGAUAUAUAUUCUUUAAGUUAUCCUGGCUACGUGCAUCUCAAAUUUCAGUCGCUCUUUUGGACCACCAUGCAGCCCAGAGCUUUUGAGCUUUGUCUUGGAAGCUCCUUCCAUCAAUCAGAAUACCAAAUUUACAUUGUUAGGUUCCCCAGAGGUGUUAGAGCCCUGGAUCCAGCAAUUAUUGUGAAUAAGAACCUUGCAGCCAGGGUGAGUGCCAACAUUCCAAGUGCUAGCACAAUGGAAAAGAGAAGUGGUUUAUGUUAGAAUAUGGUCACAUUCUUCUGAUUAAACCCACUCAAAAAAGACAACAUUGUAAUAUUUUCCAAUGACUGUUUAUCAUGAAUUACGUCAGCCUUCGUUUAAAUUGCUAUUAUUUCUCCUUAAUGCUUCUUGGUGCCUGCAUAAUUUACAGCACUGGCAGCCUGGGGGACUAUGAAAUAACCUUUCACAACCAACACACAAUAGUAAAGAACAUGGCGUUUUUGUUGUUAAUUAUUAUAGGACUCCUUUAACUUUUACAAAGUGACAUAAAAUAUUGUUGAGGUAUUUAUGGUUCAAGCUACUUUUACAUGGAUCUAUUUUGCUUCUGGCUAGUUCUUAACUAAAGCAAUCAUUUGUGGUUAUUAGGCCGCCGGAGAUAUUAUGUCAGAACUGGUUUAAGAGUAUUAUUAUGUAUCACAUGUCUUACACUACAUGUCAGCACUUGAGACUGUCUUUCAAUAAAAACAAAUGUAAUUUUAGUUUGUGCUCUUUUAGGGAUCAGUGAUUUGUAAGCUAACCUGAGUUCAUUUGAAGGUGUCCCAACCAUUCGGGAGGGGGCCUGUCUCAGCCUUCCAUCCUACCCUGUUAGUCGCUUUCCUGUGGAUUUAAGGCCUGUCCAAAACAAACUUUGGCAAAUGUUUAAUUCGGAGUGAAGAUUUGCUUCUGGGGAGCAACAGAAUUAGCAAGGACUAGUUAAUUGCCCAUGGCUGAGCUGGUUUUGAUUCCCCUGUUUUGUGGUUAUUCUUAUAGAUUUCAUAAGCACUGGGUCAUCUAGCUAUGGCCUUCUGAAGAAAAGGGGAGAGUCCCAGCCCAUAGGAGGCCCUACCUCACACGUGCAAAGGGGCUACCCCAACAUUCUGGAGAUAAGUCUUGGGUAAAGUCUGGUAGAAGCAAAAAGGAUGGGAACAGGGUUGAGUUUCCACAAAGCUACACUUCCAAGCAAACUUUGAAUUAGUAUGUCACUCCCCUGGGUUCCAAAUACUGUGCAUAUUUUCCAGUCCUUGCUUAUUUAAAGCAAGAAAGGAAGGGCGUGCCAGAAAGUUUUACAAAGAAUGAAAACACAUUAGUGACUCAUGUGAACAAUUACUGAUUUUCUUAACAUAUAAUUUCUUAAUUACUGUCAAACAAAAUAAUUUGCAUGAUAAUAUUUUCCCCUCCCCACCCCCAUCUGUGUUUAAAGAGCCAUAAAAUAGUGAUCAAAGAGCCUGUUUGAUCAAUAGUAGGGAAACUUAACUCCUUAAUUCUUAGGGAUUGAUGGGAUUCUGACAUUUGGAUAUUCUUUAGAAUAAUCACCCCCAACACAAUGGGCAAAAUGAGCUUUCCAGUAAAACAAACAGCUUUGAAAAGAGCUCGGGGGCAUUUUCUUUAGCUUGAAUUCAAGGAGGAAAUUGUGACUUUUAUGAAACUUGCAUAAAUUUACAUGUAUCCUGUCAGAGUUUUAAAAUUAGACAACAUGCCUGAAUGCCCUGGAAAUGAGUCUGCCAUCCAGAUUUAGAGUGCUUUUAGCUUUUUUAAUUAAAGACAUUUCACCAGCCAACCCCAGAGAAGAAGGGAAUUAAGCAUUACAUAAGAAUGUAGCAAAGUUUGAGAUUUAAUGAGUGAAUAUUAUAAAUUUAUAAAGGAGAUAAAAGGUGUGAAAGAAGCAGUUAUUGGGAGUUUUCUGCGUUGUUUUUUUUUUUUUUUUUAAAUACAAAAAAUGGAAGAAGUGAAAGGGCCAGGCUGCCAUUUGCUGUAGCCCUCGUUCUGGAACUGGUUCAAAGCUCGCAGAACUGACUGUGGGCUGUGAGGCUUGUUAAUGAGCACUUGUGGCAGUGAACUGGGAUCAUGGGCUUGUCACAUGAAUAUAUAUACACACAUAUAUAUAACUCAGAAGAUAGAAGACAAGAAUUGUUGCUGCCGUGUGGUUGUGAGAAACUCAAAACAAUUAAAAUCAUCCUCGAAACUGCCUUUAUCAGAACUCCAGUGCUGAACCCUACAAAUGCUCAUUUUGAAUUCUUUAAUAACCAUUUCAUGGUGAAAUAUCGUUAUUGAAAAUUGUUUUUAGCUACAUAUGUUAUCCCAUUUAAAAAACUUAGACUAAAUACUGUCAGCCCGUGUUUGCUUUCCUAGCAUGUUAUUCAUUUAUUGAGAAAUUCAGAAUGUAAAACAUCUGGGAAUAAGCUGCUGUGUGCAAAGUCAUCUUUAAAAUGUGUAUAUUUCAGAACUUCUUUUGUGUAUUUAUUUAGAAAUAUGGGAGAAUUCUGUAAACAUGUUCUGGAAUAUAUGUAGCAUUUGAAUAUGAAAGAGAAAGUUGGCAUAACUGAAAACCCAAAUUUCAUUUUCUAUAAAUAUUACUCUGUUGGAGGAAUGGGUUUCUGAAAUUAGAAAAUUCAGAUUAUGGUUAGCGAUAUUUACAGGGAAGUAACUCUCUUUGCCCUGGACUAAUGUGUGAACCAGAAAUGUCCAUUCUGGCUCCUUCUGGGGUGUGAUGUGAUGUUUAUGUCUAAAUAAAGGAGUUAAUUUAUUUCAGCACUUCAAGGCCCGCGUUGGAGCUUCACAGACCCAGUGGUGUAGAUGUAAUAGAGUCCGACCAGAAGGGCUGCACCGCUGGGGUGUUAAUAGCUCCCUGGUUUUGUUCGACAAUUAGUCCAUAUAUUUUAUGGCUGGGCCUUUAAGAAACUGGCACCAUCAGCACAAUCACAGUAAUUGGAAGAUGACACAACAUAGGGAGGAAUCAGGAAGGGAAGUUAUUAAUGAUUUGUAAUUUUCUCCUUUUGGGAAAAGUAGAAAUUAGACCCAAUAUCGCAGAGCUCUGUUCAAUUCUUGUAAAGUUCACAUUCUGUAACCAUUCUGGUAGCUCUGAAGCCCCAGGCAAUUCCCUCUGCCCCAGGCUCUUUAAUCCUCCUCUUUUUUUUUUUUUUUUUUUUUCUGAAAUGGAAUUCAUUCUUUGUGAUAUGAGCAGAACUUAUAUAAUUUUGUUGGUAUUGUCCAGUGGACUGCACUAGAUGAGCCCCAACCUCCUCCAAACACCACUUUCCUGGGUUUCUAAAACCCAUUCUGUGGAUGAGAUUCUCUAGGCAGCAUAGGGGUCUCCAGCUAAGGGGCACUCUCACUUUAUUUUAACCCAUGAGGGCCUGAGGUCCUUUGAAAACCUCCCUGUUUUCCCUGUGCCUGUCAGCUAAUACAAUCCCUCAUUUGUGGCUUUGGCUCUGGACUUGAGAAGAUUUGAGGGCCAUCAUCAAAGGAAUAUUAAAAUCAAUGUGUUUUCCCAGGACAACAAUUCCCUGGGUCUUGUAAAGAACUAAAAUGACAGAAAGGAACUGGGAGCGCACUUUCUGGCAAGGAAAUUGACUAAAAAUUUAAACUAAAAAUAAACAAACAAAACCCCUCAGUGUGAACAAUCCACAGAGAUCUCCUGUAACUGGAGUACAAGGUUAAAUUUGUUCAUUGACCAGAGCAGGAAAACUCAUUGAGCCACUGUCAAGAACAAACCAUCUAUUCUCUUAAGAGUUUAGAUGAGGUCUCUAGAUCAAGGAAAUCCUGGGAAUAAGCCAGAAAGACAUGCCUCUGUGUUUAUCUCUUUCUUCUGCCUGGACUUUCAAUACACUGGGGCAAGUCGCCAAGUCCUUCCCCAGCACCUAGUAGGUGUGGCAGAACCAUGUGGUCUUGGAUGAUUCAGAGAAGACUUUUGAAGAUUUUAGUCCCUUGCUGUGGAUAACACUUAUCUGUUCAUUAAAGUGAACACACUUUGUUCAUUGGACAUGCUUUGCUAGUAGAUGGUCAAAUGUUUGAAAGUAACAAGAUACUUAUUAGAAUAUUCAUCAGUUCAGACUGUUUAUGGGUUCGCUCCUUAAAUUUCAGUGAGGGACCUCUUCCCCCAGUGCCUCCUUCACCAUCAUUCACAUUAUACAGUUGACCGCCCUGAAAUGAGUAUUGCUGCCUUCAGAGUUCCAUGUAUACAUAACAGACAGUCCUUUCCAGUCUACUCAUACCGACUUGACCAGAUGGCUUAUUUAUACACAUCUGGGCAGGUCAUUGCCACAUUUUGAGGCAUAUUCUUAUACCAAAAGAAUGAAAUACUGAAGUGCUGAAGGGAUUGGUCAGUUUAAGUUUGCUGUAGGGGUAGAAGCUAGACAAUCAAGUCAGAAACAACAGACUCUUAUUCAGAAAGUGGGGCGGGGGGAGAGGAUAAGAAGGAUAAGAUAGCUGUGACUCUAUAAAUAGAGACAGAUAGUGAGAUGUCACAGUAAUCAAGUGAAGGGAAGACUAUAAAGUUAAUAAGAAUGGUUUUUUGGACAAAGUCAAUAGGGAUAUUUCUGAUAUGCCAGUCAAGCCACAAAUCUUUGAGUGGUAGCUGUUCUGCCUUUAACUUGAAUGCCCUAGGCACAUUGGAGUGCACAGUCCGUUUAGGAGAGUUAGUAGAUAUUCUUGAACUGAUCCAUAAAACAAAUUGUGAAUAGAAGAAUAAGAUGCUAGCUGUGUUAGGAAGACUAUAUGCAGUUGAAAAAAGUUAACAAUGAUGGCCAGAGUGGUCAGAACAGCUUCCUGAACGGUCUUUAACUGAGACAAGGUCCACAGUAUUUGACACACUUGUGCUAUUUGAACCUGAUGAGAGUUUAUGUCCCACCUCUAAAGGAUAGCAUUCAGAGCAGCUCGUUUUGCAACCUACUGGGUUGGAUGAAGUUGUGGGUGAAAUAGCCUACAGAACACAAAGCCAUAAUCCAUGGAGAUGCAGCCUUUAGUUGGAGAUUAUGGAGGUUUUAUGGGUAAUUUUUCACACCAGUGUCCCCCUUCCAAAUCAUCACGGUAACAUUUAGCUGAUAAAUGUGAUUCUUCCUCCAAGAGUCCUUUGAGUGGAUGGAGGAAAAUGAUAUGAGCCCCUUAUCACAGAUGAAGAGACAGUGUUAUUGGGACUCAUGGCAUAAAUGUGUUGCUGGAAGGGUCUGGAAUAAACUUAGCUCAGCCACUGUUGAUACUCUCGUGUUCCAGUGAUAGGAUGCUGGCUAGAGGCUCCCCGUGGCCCUGAGAAGUGGAGCCAUUGCUUCAACAUCACUAUUAUCUACUCACCUCUGGAUAAUAGAUAAUAAGUAUUUAGGAAGUGUACCCCCCAAUUUUCAUAAUGCUUGGUCUGCUUUCUUGUUUGUUCUGUUGUUGUAAUUUCAUUGUUGAGUUAACUUUACUGAGCUUUCUCAUCUCAUAUAGAAGAAUGACAAUGCCCAUUUCCCAUGGUUCCCAUAAUUAUGGGCCAAGAUCAUAUAUGAGAAAUGUUUAGCACGGUGGUCCUGCUGUGCUAGUCUUAAAACAAUAACAAUAGUAGUUAUGAUCAAAGUCACAGAGAGAUCAAGCUGGUGGUUCCUUCUGCUGCUUCACCCAUUUUGUGUCUUCCAUAAAGGUAAGAGACAGCAUCCAUAGCAACAUCCACCCAAAUAUAUGGUGGACAUUGAUUUAGGUGCUGGUGUCAUAAGCAGCCUCACAUUCAAGCCUCAGUCUUCUUAGCUUUGCAGCACCUGAGUAGCUCAGUUGGUUAAGCAUCUGACUUCAGUUGAGGUCAUCAUCUCAUGGUUCAUGAGUUCAAGCCCUAUGUCAGGCUCUCUGCUGUCAGCACAGAGCCCACUUCAGAUCCUCUGUCUCCCUCUUUCUCUGCUGCUCCCCUGCUCCUUCAUGCACACAUUCUCACUCUCUCUAAAAAAUAAAUAAGCUUUAAAAAAUAAUAAUAAAUAAAAUAAAUGAGCAAGACAAUCCCCUUAACACAGAGCUCCUUAUUCAUCCACCUGGCUAUUCUUUCUGUUGAGGCCACCAUUCAUCUAUUCAAUAAAUAUGUUUAGGGAGAACUUAUCAUGUACCAGACAUUGCAUUAGGCCCUGAGUCAACGUUAGUGAAUGAAAGAGAUGUAAGUGCCUGGUGAAGUCUGGAGUCUAGGGAUAACAAGCAAGGAAAUUAUUAUAUAUAUAUAUAUAUAUAUAUAUAUAUAUAUAUAUACACAAUACACACACACACAAGCACACACACAGAAUUACAGGCCAUGAUAAGAGCAACAAACCUAAAAAGAUUGCUGCCUUGGUUCAAUGAAAUACUGUAUGUAAAAAUGCGUCAUAGGCUAUAAAAUGUAGACCUUCAGAGACUUAGUUUUGACUAAUGUAACACCUGCUGUCUUUGUGGCAGCCGGUGGCUACUGCACAUGCUCAGUGCCUGAGAUUGAAUGGUGACACCACCAGUCCUUUUUUUUUUUUUUUGAGGCUUAUUUUGGAAAGAAGAGUGGACGGGAACCUUUCUGUUGAGUUUAUAAUAGCAAUUACAAGCUGAUAAGGACAGACCAUUCAUCAAACGAUCAUACCUCAGGACUUUAUCUCUUUGGGUCAAAUGUUUCCUGAUUGAUAUUGACUACCAUAUCUUAAGCAGCUUUGAACAGAUAAGAAGCUAGAAAAGAAAUUCCUUUUAAAGAGAUUUGACAAAAUUAUGUUUUCUGAUUUUUUUUCUUUAAGAAGAGAGAUUAACUUCUCAUUGUUCUUCUAAAAGAGUACAAAAGCUACCAAACUGUUGAAUUGAAGAGAAUCUAGAGAAGUUUUCAUGGGUAGAUACUGACUGCAUUCCCACUGAAUGCAAAUUAUCAUCUGCAUUGAUAGUCUUUCCUGGUUCUGAAAUUGGAAAGAACUUUCAAAAUAUUGAGAAUGAUCCUGUACCACAGAUACUUAGGAGUAGACAGUUAUUCCCAAGAAAAGAUAUCCCCUUGAUUGCUAUAUAUAAAUGCCCUCCUAGAGACAGAGAUGUGAGCAAAAGUCUUAUAGGUUCAGUAUAAUUCAUUUUCAUAGAACAUUAUUUGUAGAAGCAACGUUUUAAAGGUGGGGAGGGUAGGUUUCUGACUGUGGGCCUGAUAUCCAGCUUCUAAUUGAAAUGACCAUAAACAUUGUAAUUAAUCAACUAUGUACUCAAUUAUAAAGUAUAUAAUUACAUUCUGAACAGUAAAAAGCUUCCUAAAGUGUAUAUAAAUCAAUUAAACAGGGCAAUACAGUAACCGAUCACAUAAAAUUAUAUUUAAUGAGAUGUGUCAUCUAUCACAGUGUUUUCCACACAGUUCUUAUCGUACAUCUUUGUGAUUCAUUUGUGCCUUACUUUUUGCUGCAUCGGAGCUCACAGUAAAGGAACCUCUUUAUCUUGGUCAUAGAAUCUAGUGACAUUAUUUUGAGCAGACAUACAUGGGUAUCUUUAAAGACCGUUUGGGAGUACGGGGAAGGUUGGGAGUCAUUUUCUAAUGGCUUUUGGGAAGGGUGACCUGGAUUUGCCUGUCUGCCUUUACUGGUUAUAUAUUUCCCUGAAGCAAGUGUGGGCAUUUGUGCUGGUGGUCUUGCUCCUGAAUCCACAACCGGCAUCUGUCGCCUUGAAAUUAGCUAGAUGACCUGUGUUUGUAAGAGCUUCUGCAAGAGCUUCCAGGCAGGACAACAGAGGGAUAAUUAGAAAAGCAUGCGAAAUGCAAAUCCUCCUGAUCAAGUCACUGUGUGUUGAGAAGUAUAAGGAUAAUAACCUGGUACCAAAUCGUGCUGCCUAUAUGAAUAUCAGUCCUUCAGGUUCUGUGUGUAUAAUCAAGCAUGUCAUUCCAAGCAGGAUAACCCAGGGCCAGUGGAACUUCUAGAAGCAAAGGAAAAGCACAUUCAUAUUCUUAACUUUGGCAAAUUGUAAAGACUUCUAAAAAAAUUGUGAUAAGUAUAGUCUAAGAUGAGUUUCAGUCAGUGGAUGCUCAAGAGACAUUUGCAUCUGGGGAAGUAACCCCAAAGCCCCUGGUCAUGCACAUUGUGACCUGUGCCUCAGAAUGGGUAAUAAAAAAUUGCUGAGUAACUCCUAAAGGCCUGGCUUUCUAAUGUGGUGGUGAUGCCACUCAUGUACCUCUUUCUCACUCCUUUCAGAGCCCAAAUGGCUUUUCCCUAAGCAAAGUCAUUCUCAUGCUGAGUAACUACACCCAAUCUUUGCUGCAAGAAACCGAACCAUACAGAACAACUGGCCAGUGCAGGACUGCCAAAUGGGAGGAUCUGAAAGGCCUUCUCUUCCAUCUCUCAGGGAGCACAUGUGGUUGUUUUGAUCCCCACUUCCCUACAUUACUUGCUAGCAGAUACUUGGGGUGUAAACAGUUUGUUCAUUAAUUUGUGUGUCCAACCAACAUGCUUUGACAUCCAGCUAUGUAAUUGUGUGUUGCCCUGUGUGAGGAUACAGGGUUAAUACAAUUAAGACACAACAGAGCUAACCUCUGAGGCACUCACAUGCUAGUGGGGGCACUCUUGAAUUAAACAGACACUUAGUAUUUACAUACUGUAUUUAAGUAUUUAAACAAUAUUUAAGUACCGUAACGGAGCUAAGUGAAUUCUUCUCAGAUUCAGUAGACAGAGAAGAAGAUACUUAUUUUUUUUAAUUUUGAUUAUUCCCUUGAAUAUUUUACUGGAACUAAUGUAAUUGAGGGACUGGCAAGUUUUACAAGUGACUAAUAUAUUAAUCCCACUCUACCCUGUCGCCUUGUGGGAUUGUCAGCUGAGUCAGGGCUUAAAAAUGGAACUUGAUGAGAUUUGCUCUAAAGAUGUUGACUAAUACCAAUUAAACCCCUAAACAUCACACACAGAUUGAUUAUGCCUUUUUCACUUUUUUUAAAGACCCAAAGAUGCACCUAGUUAAUAAUCUACUCCAUGUCCUUAAUAAAGAGCAGGCUAAUUAAAAAUUGUUUGCUAGCUGAAAAUGAAUAAAUUAAGAAUCACAUAUUAAAACAGUCAUCCUCAGCCUACAGAAGGGGCUGAACACAGGCAGGCUACUUGAGGGGGGGUGGUGGUGAAAGGGGUAAUUGUGAGUCCUUUAUCAUCAAGCAUGACAUGUACAAAUGCAGAGCCGUGUCAUGGAGACAGGGUGCUGGGGUGAGAAGGCUCUCGGCAGGGCAGACAGCCAGGUUAGUCUCCCCUGUGUUCCUGAUACAGAAUGAAAGAGCAGGGAACAAAAUGGAGUGUAUUUCGUCUCGUCCCCCCUCCGAUUCUCCUAAUCCUGCCUAUCCAUCAGGCCAUCCUGCCACACGUCCUGCACCCACCUCCUUGAAUCCCUCUGUGUGUCUCCCCAGAGCCUGUGGCAUAGAAGGUCCUUAUCACAGCGAUGCAUGUUUCCAAUCGUGUCUGGUCAGAGGGUAGCAGUCCCCACCUUGUGCUCUGUAGCCAGCAGCCUGGGAUUUUCUCAGUUCCUUGAACUUGCUUUCCUCUCCCUGGAAUAUGUCUAUCCCAGUAUAUGUCUUUCCUAGAAAAGAAACACCAUCAUCAUCAUCAUCAUCAUCAUCAUCAUCUCACAUCCCUCACACUGGCCAGCUUCUUCCAUCCUGCUGACCUCAGUUUAAGCAUCACUUCUCAGAGAGGUCUUCCCUGGUGUUUCCAGGAGUUCAGCACCCCUUGAUUUUCCCAGAACUCCUACUUUUGCUUUUUGAGAGCACCUACCCAUCCACUCUCCCACAACCUCAGUUUUGUGAGAUGAAGGCCAAGGGAAGUCUUGGAAACCCCCAUGUCCCCAGGACAUAUCCUGCAUAUCCUAGGUGACCAGUGAAUGUUGAAGGAAUAAGCCAGUUAUGACUCCCAGCAAACAAACUCAGUUCUAACUUCCCUAGAAAGUGAGAAUCCGGUCUCAUGUUUCUUUGGUGACCCUCAUGAGGCCAACUGGUGUUCAAGAAAUAUUUCUUGAAAACAAUUCUUAAUUGUGGUCUUAUAUUUACCUUAGCUAGGAAUGAGAGGAGUUUCCUUUAAUGAUGUGUGGGACAGGGAGGAGAAUGAACGAGCUUGGGCUUGUUUUUUCUUAGUUUGAAGGAGUUACAUAAGCACAAAAAGGCCAGGUUAUAGUACUAAGGGAGCAAGCGUGUGGAAAGUGAGCGCCAGUCACCACUGCAGUUGCUUUAGAGGCUUCUGCGCCUGGGCCUCCUGUAGAAGAGACCAGAGUCUGUUCCCUAAGAGGCCACUUUGAACAGGCUGCUGUACAGAGGCAGGUAGCACAGGCGCCAGGAGGUUGAAUUCUGACAACACCUGGGUCUGGGUCUCAGUCCCCACUCACUGUUACCUACCUCCCUUGUGCUCCUGGCCAAUUCCUUUACCUGUCUGUGCUUCAGUUUUCUCAUCUAAUUCUUCAGUUGGUGUUAAUGAUAUUAACCGCCUCAAGGGGAUAUCAUACGAGGAUUAAGUGAAAUGCUGCACGUAAAGCUUUUAGCACGGUGCCGAGCAGGAAACACUUCUUAGAGAUUGACAGUGUGUACCACGAGUCACCUAAGUCAAGGGAGAUCUGCUGUCCAGAAUUGCUUGUGGGACAGUCUGAGUUGGCAAUAGGGACACAGAGAGGCCUAGGAUUGAUCUGUCCAGAAUAUUCCAAAAUCAUGAUGUUCUUGCAUCUAUUUUCUUUCUCCUUCAGCCCUCCCACCACCCUAACGCUCGCACAUACUGUGUAGACUGCUCUCAGUUCACCAUGCCCUCUCUUCAUGGCUUUCCAAAAGUCAACUUGAAGGUUUACUAUCAUAUUUUUUACUUUAAUAUAAUUUUAUCUCUGAUAACAACCUCAGUUUUUUUCUUUGUGUUUAAGUCUAUUAUCCUCAAUAUAUUUCAAAAUUGAUUUCAUAGGAAAGAUGUAAUCUUUUUUUAAGUUUAUUUAUUUAUUUUGAGAGAGAGUGAGUGCACACCCAUGCAUGCACCAGCCGAGGAGGGGAAGAGAGAGAGGGAAAGAGAGAAUCCCAAGCUGACCCAGCCCAGACCCUGACAUGGGACUCGAUCUCAUGAACUGUGAGAUCAUGACAUGAGCCAAAAAUCCAGAGAAAUCCAGGAGUUGGACGCUCAACCCACUGAGCCACUCAGGCACCCUGGAAAGACACAAUCUUUGAUUAGAAUUAACCACGAUGAGAAUAUAGGGCCAAGAAACGGUGGGAAGACAAAUCUAAGACCCAGAAAUAAUUAUCAUCAUAAUAGUGGUGGUAGUGGUACUGAUGUUGAUGCUGCUUAUGUGCCAUUCACUCUGUGCCAGGCAUUAUUCUGAGCCCUGAAUCAUUUUCUCCAUUUUACAGAUGAUGAAACUAAGUUACCUGUGUGAACCAUGUAGUGGAAAGAGUAUGCAGUUAGCCUAGUUUGCCCUUAGGACUCUGAUGGAAAAUUAUUUUUCUUCACUUAAUAUCCAACGAAAGAGGAAGAUCAUAUUGCCACAAGUUCUACCUUUGUUUAGUUUAGACAUUUGACUCAAUUUAUGGAAGUCUAUGUCUUUGUAGCUUGAUCAUGACUUUGGAAUGUCAAAAAAAAAGUGCAGGCAAAACACUAUAAAAUGAAGUCUGCGUUUACUGGUAAGAAGCACAGAGCAUUUGGCAUCAGCAGAAAGCUUAGUCUUUGAUGUGGGAAAUAGAAGAGUUCUUGCUGUUUCCAUUUGGGUCAGAGAAAGAGACGAUCACUAUAUGAUAAGUUUAGUGGGUUCUAAAGCUAGAUGUAAUAAGUGACGAGCCACAAGCUGUCCUGCCCUGAGGAUAUUCAAGUAUGAAAUACACAUGUCAGGGAAAAUGUGGUCAGUGCAGAACCACACAACAGGAAAGCAGAGAAUAUUUAAUAAGAUAAGUCCUGGUUAUCCUGGGAGUGAGACUUGAAGAGAAGGCGAUUUGCAUAUUUGAGUGGGGGGCUGAAGAGGGAUGAUGGAAGAGACAGAGAGUAGGGGAGUAAUUUAUGGUGAAUCAUCUUACCCCCUGACAGACAGAAGCCAGGACUAAGGAGGAAAUGCUUUAUUUUAGGUAAGGCAGCAUCCUCAGUUUUAAACAAUUUUCCCCCUGUUUUUUGAAAGUGUUCACACAAUUAAUGCCUCUUCCAUGUAUUCAACAAUAGUUGCCUAGCAACCAUCAAGAAGCAUUUUUGGAGCGCAAAGGGUCUAAAAAUGAAUGAAGAGAAAAUACAGCAGAUACUCAUUUAAGAGUAAUGAGAACUGGUCUGGCAUCCUUGGAGACUCACUGCAAUGUCCUAUUCAUCUUGGACACAUGCAAGGGGGAAUAUGUAAAAUAUAAGAGAAACCUUUAAGUGAGGUUUGCUAUGCUUUUCUGCCUUCAGGCAGGACUGCUUUCUACCUAAUUCCAAAUGCAUGUGGAGGUAAUGAAGUUUUGGAAAACUCUUAAGAGGAAGGAUAAUAAUACCUCCUCUAGUAACCCCACUUUUGGAUCUGUAACCUUUGGCCUGAGACCACUAGGUAAAGAACAUAGGUUAAUCAAGAGCUACCUCUUCUUUGCAGGCUAGAUUUCUAUCAUUGGCUGGCUCUCACAAUCAUACCUUAUUUGAAAUGAAAAUCUAAGUGAGCUUCCAGAUCAGAGGGCACAAACUCAGGUUCCAGAGGUGUCAGCAGGUAGCGCAGAGGAAGAAGGGCAGGUGAGGUCUGUAAGAAAUCAGAAGCAGUGGAUCCCUACUCUGUGGAAAGGAGGCCAGUGUUGUCAGAUCUCUCAACUUUCUAAGCACAGUUAGACAUGCUGAUUUCUAUGUGAAAAUCUCAUGACUUUAGAUUGAUGACAAUGAUUAAAAAGAAAGAAACAAACAAACAAACAAAAAACUGUGCAAGCUAAGUAAAUUAUGGUACCAGGCAGAUUUGGCCCACGCACCAGUCUUGUCUAAUAAACCCCUAGUGUUAUAGAUGAGGAACCAGGCCUGGUGAGUGAGUAUACUUAUGCAAAUUCAAUGAAAAUGUAAACUCCUUAAAGCCAAGAACUGUGUGACCUUCUCUGUUUUAUCCCCAGCUGGACUAGCACAAGGUCAGGCAUAUGCUGGCAAUGCAACAAAUAUUUAUUGAGUCAACAAAUAGUAGAUGUUAGAAGCAAAACCAGGACUUGGUUCGGUCAGUAAGAAAUCAGGACCUCAACUGCUUCUUCUUAAGUGACUCUUGUUUCCCCCUAAGUGGCUUUCCAUGACUUUCAUAUGGAUGGAAUCUACUCUUCCCUUUAGCCACAUAAUGGCCUUGUUUAAACCAAGAUUUGAUUCAGGGAAAUGUUCUUAUAGAAACUCCAGAGGAAAAACCUUGCACCUUGCCUGGGUUUAAACCUUUCCAUAGAUUCGUGUGUACUGGGACAGCCAUAAACAAUAGAUUGCUUUUCUUCUUGGCCUGCCAUAUUCAAUUCCAUUCAAUUUUGUGUCUAUUUCUCGAGCUCCUACAAUGUGCAGAGUCCUCUGUAUGGUGAUUCCAAGAUAUAGAGGAUCCUGCUGAGCCUGGGGGCCUCAGAAAUGUUCAACAAUUUCAGAGAAUGAAGGUACUUAGCAUAGUCUCCUUUUUAUUUUCAUCUCAAUGUUUUUUUGAUUCUACUUAGGCAACACUUUACUGUGUGGUAAUUUCCUGACUUGACUUUUUCUUUGGAGAUCUAAAGGGGUCUAAAACCUAGAAUCCAUUAUUACCAAGACAUGUUCUCCUCUUUUAACAACCUACUUAUUGCCUCUAUGAUGAAAGGCUCUGCCAGAGUAGACAGGAGUCAGCCUCCAUUGAGGUAUACCUAGGGCUUGUGUCAAAUGAUCUUCUAGCUUUCAUUGUAUUUAUUCCUUAUUCUUGGGUUCUGUAAGGUGCUUAUCUCUGUGCUGAAGGUUCAGGUGUAUCCAGAGUAUCAAUAACUCUCCCACUGGAGAACCACUGGCCUCUCAAAAGCUUGAAGUGAUGCACGAUUUCCUUGUGUCUGUGCAUAUCAUUAUUGCACAUAUAUACUGUGCAUAUAUUACUGCAUCAUAGUAUGUAUGCAGUAAUAGUAAUAAUAACGGCAUCCACCACUUCUUAGUGUCUUCUAGGUCCCGAAUAAUGUGCCAGACAUGUUGUUUCAUUUUAUCUCAUUUAUAGUCUUUGUCUGCAAUUCCUAACCUUGCAAGAUAGAGUCCCAUUUUGAUAAAUGAGCGUAUUCAACCCCAGAGAGAGCUGAUGAUUUGCCUAGGGUCAUAUGAUUGCCUGGUCUGUGAAGUAAAUGCACAGCUACCUGCUUUCCAAGGGCCCUCUUUACCUCCUUGUGAAACUUCUGGGUCCAGCAGCAAUUUCACCAACUUCGCCAGUGUUUUGGAGAUGAAAGGAGAGACGCUGUAUCGCUUUUUCAGAAGCAAACUCUAGGGGACAUUUUAAACAAAGUAGAUUAUUUUGCAUGAGACUGUGUUUAAUUUCAGAACAGUGUCCUUUGCUGGCGAAGAUAAUCAGAUGUAAUGUCAUCUGCAACCUCUCUGCGUGCGUGAUUUCAUAAGACUGGUGUAGCAGUUUAUUAUUAUAAAAUUAGUAUAGCAUAGAACAAACCCGGGAUGCAAGCCAGACGAAAUAGACAAUGAAUAGUUAUAUAAGGUUUUGGAAAGCACAUGUAGUAGAACACAAGCUCACUGUAUUUUCUUCUCAAUUGUCUGCUGUUUGUUCAUGUUUCCUUUUCAACAUGAUUGCAUCUCAGUUUAAUAGCACUUGCCAUCUCAGGCUUUAUGGUGCCAGGCCUGACAUAGUUACAUCCCCUCUGUGCUAAAAAUAUUGCAUGUAUAUAUUCAACCGCAGCCCGACAUGUUUAGCUAAUGGGUUACUCGGAGCUAUGCGCUUAUAUAAUUAAGUGAUGUAUGUAAUUUUGUGUUAACACAUUUGCAAUGUGUGUUUUCCUGGUGAUUGCAAUGCUUUAUUCUGUGUAAAGUGUGACAUUUUAAUUCCCGCUGAACAAUUUCCUACCUUGAUUCGCCUUGUUUUUGUGGCAAGGGAUUAUUUUGCAAUCAAGAUAAAAGCAUUAUUUAUGAAAUUUCUGGACUAUCCCAUUACUGGGAACUUUUAACUGAAGAUCAAUCUCCUAUUCUAUUGAUCCCUUUGUUAAAAAUCUUUAUCGGAAUUUAAAUUUAAUCUCUACAUUAUAGAUUUGCCCCGACUUUUGUCUGAAGGCACAUUUUUUUAGGCAGCUUUGCAGGGAUGGGGUUCCUUAAAAAGUAAUUCUCACUAGGCAGGCUGCCAUCUUAUCUUCCCCAGGGAACUUAACUUCUCUUAGGUAUCACUGAUUUCUUCCCUGUUGAGGGUUCUCCAGGAGAGCCAGCAUCUCUGUGGGUUGGAGAGUUUGGCAAACCAGGUCAGAUCUAUAGAUUCACAAAUAGGGCCUGUUAAGCAUUUAAGUGAUUGACAAAGCUGGGUCUCAGAGUUACAUAAUGUGGGCAUACACGCUUUCUCUUUAUUAAUUGUAAUUGUGACCAGUGGAAGGUGCUACAGACAGGAAGGUGAGCCACCAGGGAUAACCCAGCCAUCUUGCCCUCUUCAGAGGUUGUUUAUUUUCUCCAGUGGGAUCAGGAGUUAGUUCGGUUUCAUAAACAUGUAUUAGACUCUUACCAAGUACCAGACAGGGCUUUCAGAAUACAGUACAGAGAGAGUUACUUGUUCAGUGAACAUCUAUUGAGCACCUACUGUAGCGAUAUUACAGUGACCAAGACAGAGUCUGGUGAGGGAGAGAGACCUACAAGUUGAAUAUGGGAUGAUAGGGGCUAGGGUAGAAGCAUGCUUGAUGUCGAAGCUACUGAUGAAUGGUUCCUCCUCCAGCUGGAGGUGAGGAGAAUAAGGACACUUUUUAGUGGGUGUGACACCCAGUGCUGGUCUAGGAGAAAAAGUAAGAGUUGGAGCAAGAAGGACAAGGGUGAAGAAGGAAGGGUAUCAUCAGAGGGAAGCCUGUGAGCAUGGGUACGCAGGGGUGAAGCCAUGAGAGGUGCUUGCAACCUCUAAGGCAUUUGUUAAUUGUUGGAAGAUAGGGUGAGGUCACUCCAAAGCAAGGUCUGCUGUGGUCCAUUCUCCUGACCCCUGAAAGUCCUGAAUUCCCCAGGCCUUUCCUCAACCAAGGAGGCCCCCUUCGUUCUUCAGCACAGCCCAACGAAAGCAAGCAGGUGGCAGGCACUGAUGCCAAAUGCUGGAGUAUUGCCCCGAUGGCUUCCCACGUGCUUGCCUCUUAGUCCCUCCCAUUUGGGUCUGAACACACUUUCUAUGUGGUACACAGAAGUUUCGCCAGGAGGACCCACAGGCUGUGCACUCCAAGUGAGCUAUCUCAGUUGUAUGUUUUGGCAUUUGAACACAGUGGGAAUGUCCUUGUCAGCUCCCAUUUGACUUUAUUAAUUGCAAUUCCUUGGGAAGUGUGUUUUAGUAAUGUGCUCUGGGAUGACAGAGCUCGCCCUGCAGAGACCCAAGAGGAGGUAAUCAGGGCCCAUUGAAAAGCCAUCUGCUGGUAAGUCACUGCUGCUGAUCCCACGCAGCCAACAGACACCAUUGUCUAUCACAGCUCCGCCACUAGCUGUGUGACUUCAGACAAAAUUGCAGACUCUCUGGGCCUCCCUUUUCUGAUGUGUAAAAUAAGACUUUGGACUAGUGGUAGCUGAGGUUUUUCUUAAACUUGGGAAUUCCAACACUUUAUAAGUUUCUUGAAUGAAGAAUUCUGCAGUCGUAACAUCUGUGGAUUCACCAACUCCUAGCAAUGAUCUUUGGCUCCAACUUCAUAUGAAAAGCCAAGAACCCCUUUCUAUACUUCAUGUCUUUUUUUUUUUUAAGUUCAUUUAUUUUGAGACAGAGAGAGAGAGAGUGUGUGCAAGCAGGGCAGGGGCAGAGAAACGGAGAGAAAAUCUCAAGCAGGCUCCACACUAUCAGCUCAGAGCCUGAUGUGGGGUUCGAUCCCGUGAACCAUGAAAUCAUGACCUGAGCCGAAAUCAAGAGUCGGAAGCUCAACCUACUGAGCCACCCAGAUGCCCCUAUACUUAAUUAAUAUCUUGUAAUGAUUCUCUGCCUCUGCAUUUUAGGAGAUCAUCUACACUAGCCCUCAAAUCUAGAUUUUAAUUUUUCAAGAUACAAAGGGAAUCAUUAAGCCUCUGAACAUUCCUAGAAUAUAUAGCAGUAUGGAUCAAGUAACCCAUUUUAUUAGUCAUGUUGCAAGAGGCUGUCACCUAGCAGCUCUGCAUUGUUUCCAGGCUCCGCCCCCACCCCCACUUCCCUGAGCCCUGAGGCUGUGGUUAAUAAUGUCAAAAGAAUGUUUUAAAAUUGCUCUUCUGUUGAUUCCAAAGAGUCAGAGCCCUCACGUGGUUAGAGUCCUGGGCUAGGAGUCAAAUUCUAAAUUUAAUUCCAGCCUCUAUGAAUGUCUUCAUUUCUUGCCUCCUUACCAUUUCUCGAGGUUUCGAUUUUCUCAUCUGCAAAAUAGGCAUAAGAUGCCUUGCUCCACAGGAAUAUUGGCAAACAGCUUCGUUGUGCACACAGAUUAGCUUUAUAUCGGAACAGAAUAUAAUUUUCCAUUCCAUAAUAGGAAUGAAACAAAAGCCCUUUUGAGUGUGCACCUUGUGUAAACGCCCUCUGCUUAAAUUCUGAUGGAUUUCAGAGGUCAGCAAAUCCCUCCCCCUUCUUUAAUAUUAUUUUUUUUAAGCUAAACAAGGCUAACUAGGGAAUUCAUUUUGGUAUAAAAAGACAUGAAAGAAAGGGUAUUCGAGCUUGCACAAUAGUACAAAGAAGAACAAGAAUCAUCAUGUUUGCUAAAGAACUCACAGCUGUUUAAUUUUAUAGUAAAAUUACUUUAAGAACUUUGCUAAUUCAAAGACAGACCCAAACAACUGUUGUUGCAAAACUGAAUUUCCACGUGUGAGUGGAAAAGCCAAGUUAGAUUAAUCUGCCCCUAAACUCGUAUUAAACUCAUAUUAGAAAUACAGAGCAUUUUUUUAAUGCAGGUUAGAGGAGCAGCUGUUAUCUGAAGAGAAGACACAUAAAAAGGGAAAUGGUACAUUUGCUAGUAAUAUGAUGAAAAAUAGUUUAUGUUCUUAUGUACUUUGCCCCCAGCUUUUUCUUAAGCUGCUCAGUCUGUUUUAAUACCAGGUUUGUUUGCUUUGUGGGGAUGGGCCUGUUAGGCAGGAAAUUGUCGAAAAAGCAUACAGCAGAAAUUUUAAAUGCUGUUUUUAAAAAUUAAAAUUAAAUACCAAAUUGAGUACCCAACGAUUUAUUAAAUUUGGAGUUCAGACUUUUAUAAAAUUUUAUCUUUAGAGGAUACGAAUGAACUGUGUACCUAUACUUGGUUCUGUAAAUUCCAAGUUUCCAUAUGUUGCCUAUUGUCAAAAACAAAUAAACUUUUCCUUAUUUUUUUAAAGUGAUUUUCUUCCAUAUUAGGGAAUUAUUCAGACUUCUUUCCUUGGUUCCUAUAAUUCCAAACCAGUUGGAACAUCAGUCUAUUUUUGGUUAUGAAGGAACUUUUAAAAUGUGGGUAUGAUUUUUUUGACGUUUCUAAAUCUCAUAAAGAUCAAUUUGCCACAUAUAUAAGAGUUAUGGUAGUAAACAUAGUGAAGUCAUUGUAUACUAGGAUGACAGUUCUAAUUUCCAUAUUAUGAGUCACCCCCUCCCAACCCCCGUCCCCCACCUCCAUCCCCUCUGCAUGGGAGGGCUGCUAAAUGUACAUUCUAAAACAUAUACAGCAACAUAAGGUUGUGAUUUGUGAGUGUUUCUGUCAAGGAUGAAUGUUCUUACCUGUAUUUGAUUAAACUCUGUUAGUUUCUGGGUUUUUAUGGUCUUCCCACCACAUCACAUAGAUUCACCACAAGAGGGCAACCAAGAGUUUACUUUCAAGCUAACAAAGCUAGAAAUGUUUUUAAUAUCAGCUAAGUGUUUUUAACUUGCUAAGGAUUUAUUUCCCCGCCUUCCGAUUGCCACACAUGCAGCCUCUGAGUUUCCACGAACAACGAAUAAUCCAAAUAAAGUUCUUCUGAGGGGAAAUAUAGACAGACUGGUGCAGACAAGAGCUUUUGCCCAAAUAAGGAUCCUUUUUUGGAGACCCCAUGUGUUAGAUAACCAUCAACUGACAGUUGGUCAUGAGUUAAUAAUGUUGGAUGCUGAAAUAUGCAUACCAUGUGCUAUAAAAAAGUUUGGAGGACAAAGACAAAUACUGCUAAAGUUAGAUAUUAGAAACAUACCAGAGGUGUGCAGACUGCUUCACUGGAUGAAGGUGGAAUCUGCCAGAUAACUUCGUUUUAAAAAUGUUAUAGGUACCACACAGGAGAAUGUAUGAUAUUCACUGCACAAUUUGUUGCUUUUGCAGGGAUUUGGUCUUAAUCUCUCUGCAUGUUACUGCCUUAAGAGCUAUAGCAACUCUUGCCUUCUAAGAAAAGAAAAUAUUUCCUAAGCUUAUUUCCAUUGCUGCCAUUGCUGUUCUUUUAUUUUUACAAUGGGAACCCUAAAGGGGGGGGGUAAGGUUCCAUAAAAGAAUACAGGUGGAUGUGUAGCCCUUUGAUUGGCCUGUUGUAUUUGGAGAGCUGUUAACUGCUAGUUCUGUUUCUGUGUUGUUGCUGCAACAGGAAUCCAAAGGUGAGGGGUGGAGCGAAUAGGCUUUGAUUUCAGCUACUGUGACCAGUUAUUUGAGAGGCUGGGACAUGGAGCCAGGUGGCCACUGGGCAGCUGCUGUCUUCUUAGAGUGACACCCCAGAGGCUCCUGGUGCUAAGAAUGAAUGGGGAAAGAAUGUGUCUCCUCCUCUGCCCCCUAGAGUUCAGACCUUUUUGUUCUGUCAGCUUUUCUGGGUUUAUUGGAGUGCUUGUCUUCAAUGAAUAAUCUCACUUUUUCUUGUAUAAAACCAUGGGAGUUGAAGCAUCUUGGGAAAGCCAAGAAGGCCAUGCCCUUGGGUGACUUGAGGACUGACUAUAUCUGAUCGCUUUUCUUACUUGCAAAUGCAAUCUCCAAAAAGAAAAACACAGCCAGACCAUGAAUUUAUUCAACAAUUUGUGGUUAAGAAGAUUCUACCUAACAACUAGCUGAAAUCACUGAAGAUCUAUUUUCUCUUACUCAGUUUGCAAAUGGCUUACAUUACACCCAACCCACAUUGGUAGCUGGAGAGAACAGUUAGUAAAAUUAAUAAUUAGACAGCUUCUCUUUUUCUCUGUCUCUUCCCUCUUCUCCCCAAGUGUCCUGUCAAGGCUUAACAUUUGCUUUGACAUAUUAGUUAAGGAAGUUAAUGAAAUAAUAUCUUCACUGGGGCCAUUGAGUAACCUUGAGUCAAUGAUUACCAGAUUUGAAUUUUACUAAGGAAACACCUCAGGUUCAGCAAAAUUCUCAGAUACUAACAUCUGUGUAUGACUCUCCUGCAUAUAACAGCAAAUAAAACCCUAAAUUUCACUGAAACUUUGAAUCAACGCUCUUGCUGAUUAUUCCCGCUUCAGAUGUUAAUCUUGUUCUGUCUACUCUUUAACACAUUUCCAAGGACGUAUCUAUAAUCAUGACAUUGAACUGACUGAACCAGCAUCCCCCAAAAGAAAGAUAAUGCAAGCCACAUGUAACUUAACAUUUUCUAGUAACCUCAUUUCAAAAGGUACAAAGAAACAGGUAGAAUUAUUUUAAUAAUGUGUUUUAUUUAAUCCAGUAUCUUCAACAUAUCAUUUUGAUAUGUAAUCUAUAAAAUGUCAUUAAUGAGAUAUUUUACAUUUUAUAUAUUGUCCUGGAAAUCCAGUGUGUAUUUUAUGCUCGUGGAAAAUCUUAGCUUUGUACUGGACAUAUUUCCAGUGCUCAGUAGCCCCACGUGGCUAGAGGUGACUGUGUUACAUAGAGCAGCUCUAAACAGUUAUAGAAACAUUUUUUUCUCACACUGAAAAAAAAUGAGAAGCAGUUCUAACCUCUUCUGCGUAUUCUUCUUGUUCAUCGUAAGAUUUACAUUAGGAUUUCUGAUGUAGUUAUCUGUCCGUGUUUCUCCAGAAGGUGACACACACCCACUCCCACUGACGGAGCACUCUAGCUUGCCCUGACUCUACACGCACAGCCCAGACCCUUGCUGUCCUCAUUCUGGACCCUCACUCCACUCUGCUCCAACACACACACUGUUCUCUGCCGUGGGUCUAGGAGUUCCUUGGUAUCACAGGAGAGCGAUUGAAGUCGUUUUCUGGUAUUGGGGCUUGUAUGUACCCACAAACAAAUGAAGCUCAGAGAUGCCACUGGUAGCUCGGAAAGGGAAAAAGGGAUGGGAAGGCUUAAUGUGAGAAAGAAAAAUGUGUAAGUCUCAGACAAACUACAGUAGUCAUCUUUUUUUAUUUUUUAAGUAAGAGACUAUCCUUUUUCAAUUAUUCUUUCUGAAAGAUAGAAAAGCAUAAAGAAAGUGAAAAAUCCCUUUUAAGUAUAAAUUCCUUUUGGGAUCUUUUAAAAAAGGGAUUGGAAGCCUAUUACUUGAUGACCUUUUACUUUUUCUUAUGUGUAUGUGUUUGAAAACCUGAAAUGUCUCUCAUAACAUAUUAGUCUAAGUCUGCCAAAGUUAAAUACCUCCAUGCUAAACCACACAUGCACUCACACACACACACACACACACACACACACACACACACACAAUGUCUCUUUUACUUAUUUCCAAGUAGGGAAUGUUUUCUUGAGAGAUGUAGCAAAUCAAUUAUCCUCAAUGUUGAAAAUGGAAUAUCUCAUUUCCAAACCUGGAGAAAUGGCUGACCAAGAAUGUUCUGUUUAUAGAGAGUUUAAAAACUGCUCUGAUAUUUGCUGCCCCUUGCAAGGCUGUUCAACACAAAACAUGUAACUUUCACUUCUGUGCUGUCAUGCUCAAUAGUAACACCACAGAACAUAUCCAUCAUGUACUAGAAUGAGUGGGUCUAUUGGUUGUAACAAAAAGAAAAAAGAGAGAGAGAGACAAAAAGUCUCUAUGUUUAAGAGGUCCUAUCUUUAUACAUUUCAUAAAUUAUAGAAAUCAAAAUGUCCUUAAGAAGUAUUUUCAGACUGGAUCUUUAAAAUAGCCUAAAACUUAAAAAAAAAACAAGUAUCUUAAAUUAAUAUUCCAUUCUUACAGACAAUCAUACAAAGAACAACUAAAUCUGUUCAUGGAAUAGUUUUCAAAAAAUGGAAACAUAAGUUAUUUCAAAAUCUUAAGAAAAAGUACAUAGUAAGCAUUGAAACAAUGCACUUCAUCUAAUUAUUAACAGCUUUCAUGCAGGUUUUUCCUCAACACCCAACAUGGUCUUCUCCAUUAAGAGAGGAGGCUGGGACCCAGGGCCUGAAAAAGGGACCAUGGGCACCAGGCAUCCAGGGAGAAGAAUAUAGCAGGAGAAAUGAGUUGCUGGGUAGAUGUGAAAGUAGAAGUUUGAGACCCUGUGGCAUUUUUAGAGGCCCUUUUUGGUUUUGCUGGGUUUGCCACUUCAUGACCAGACCUGACUUCAUGACAAGAUCUUGCAGCUGGGGGCAAGAAAUCAGACCUUUUGUGCUCAGUAGUAACACCUGGACCACACCACCACCUGUACUCCAUGUACCAAGCUAAGUCCUCAGGCAUCCACUCUGCCCUGAUGUUUCUUUUUCUUUUUCUUUUUUUAAGUUUAUUCAUCUGGAGAGAGACACACACAGCACGAGUGGGGCAGGGGCAGAGGAAAGGGGAGAGAGAAUCCCAAGCAGGCUCCGUGCUGUCGGCACAGAGCUCAAUGUGGGGCUCAAACCCACAAAACCACAAGAUCAUGACCUGAGCCAAAACCAAGAGUCGGACACUUACCCGACUGAGCCACCAAGGCAGCCCUGCUCUGAUGUUUCUUUACAGAAUUGUAAAUUUCGUACUUUGAAGGCGAAAGAGUCUUCCAUUGGCUCCUGAUGCCAUGGUACAUAGAUCUCAUACCCUCAGAGACAAACAUUUGUGGGACACCUGGGAGCCACCCCCUCUGCCCCUUCAGCAGGUCCUGAAGGGGACCUUUCACUGAGAAUGGUUUCCAUGAAGGAUACUGGGCCUAGCCAGAACAAACCAAAGGGAAGGUGAGCGUUUGAAAGGUCAAGCAUGGAUUUCCAUUUUCAUCCCUAUUUCCAGAAUUCUCUCCUUAGAAAGUCCGUCUUCUGAAAACCCAGAAUCUCUCUUCACUCCGCACCUUGAUUUCACUCCCAGAUUUUCCUCUCAUUCUGCAAGUGGUAGUGAAAAGUGUCUGUAAUCCCUUUCUUCUUUCCCAAGGCUCUUGUAGACAAGCCUAUUCUAUACUUCUAGAACAUUUCUGCAUUCCUUUGGAACUCACUACAUUGUUUCAGAAUAAUAUAGAGAUAACAUUUGGGCAUUUAAAUUUCUCUCCUCCUCAAGACACAGAGGGAAAUAAAGAUAGAAAUCUGCCUGUCACUGCUGGUAAAACCUGACUAAAAAAGAGGUUUGCUUGUGUUUUAAUGGCAAGAAUGCGUGGAGUCACAUGCUUUCAAACCAAUUAGCAAUACAGAUGAGCUAGCAAAUCGAGUUCCGUUUAUAGGGUGGGGGAAGGGGAUAAGUCAAAUAAUCUGUGUUUUUAAAUGUUUCUGAGAAAUGAAGACCUCCAGGGCAGAGAGAAGGCGGAUCAGGAAAUAGCUAUGCAAAUCACAUGCCUAUGAAAUUACUAAAACUUUGAUCAGGGGCAUUAACAAUUGCUGCAGCAUUCACAAGUAUGAAACAAAGAGUGAGUAAGACGGGCAUGUUUUGGAAGGGAUUACAAGAGUGUUUACGUACAUGGUUUGUUGAGCAGUCAAUGAAGUCCAUGGCCGUUUUGGACUUAAGCCGCCAAAGCAGUCCAGGUAUGACAAACGCACUAAUACAUUCAACUCUCAUUAGUGACUCGUGGGGAUCUCAGUGAUUUUGACCAAGAGCCAAAGUGGUUGGACCUCAUGUAAAGUCUGCUUCAUGUCUUCCCCCCCCCCCCCCCCCUUUCUAACAACGUCACUGCUCACCCUUCACAGGAGGUAGAAGUGGAUCUGGGUUCUGAGAGAGUGUAGUGCAUUGGAAAUGCUAAAUUGUUGUUAUGGACACUGUGGUCCAAACCACACCAGGUCUAAAGCACACUUGGAAACUCAAGGCGGCCAUGACAUCCAGAGUGGCAGUGUGAUCAUCCCUCUGGGGCAGGUGCAGCCUUCGCUGUUCAGGGCUGUGUGGUCUCGGGGACAUUUGAGAGUGAGAGCAUCUGCGGCCAGGUCUAGUCUCGGUUCAUGACUCUAAAUUAUUAUUUUUCAUGGCUUUAUUUAAGAAAAAAAAAUUACUCUUGAAAAGGGAACUGUCAGAACAGUUACAGAAAGCGAUGACAUUCUUACAGUGUUUUGGUUUGUUUGUUUUUUUGUUUUACCUUCCUAUUGCUUUGAAGUCAUCAUUUAAGGUUAGAACACCACACAAGAUAGAGUUUUGCUGGUCUGUGGUCCCGGGUGCUCGUUUCUUUUAUAACACAGUUGCUUCUCCAACAUUCCUGUUGGGCCUAGAAGAUUGUUUAUAGGAAAACAGAAUAAAAGUAAACUUGAAAAUUUUUAAAUCUAUAUGUAAUUAAUGCCCUGUGAAUUCACAGAAAGAUUCAGCUAAUUAACAGACGUUAAGUACUAGCAACCACAGAUUCCUGGCACCGCUCUAUUAGGUGCGGGGUAGUGAGUAUAUGGAAAUGCUGUGGAUUUGAAACAAACAUUUAAGGGUAUCAUUUAUGAAUUUUUAAAAUAAAAAUGUUGGCUGUAAGUUAAAGCCAAAAUGAGGGCUGAGAGCUUCUGUUUUUCUUUUCUUUUUUUCCAAGUAUUUGAAAACUGAAAUUCUAUAAGAGAUUAUCUGUGAAAUGGCUCUCCUUUAUUACACCCAUAAAUUUCAGGAGUGGCUCUGAUCAAGCUUUCUGCCAUUCUUGGUUUCUAAAUCUUUUAGUCAUACAUUAAUAACUUUAAAAACACUCAUCCUAUUUUUGUUGUAGUGAAAGAGGAAGUUUCUAAAUAGUCAAAAGGGAAACAUUGAAAAUAGAACACAGUAAAUGAUAACUAAAUUAGGGUAUUUUUUUUUCCAGCAAGAGCAAAGCUCCAUGCUGAAACUUGCCAGAGUAUUUUAAGAUUAUUGUCUACAAAGAAAAUGUAGCAGAGAAUUGAGAUCCUCAGAGGAAAGGCAUUACAGAAAUGCAAAGUAUUAUCAGCAAUGUGCAUUAUACAUGGACCAAUGUUUCUCAGUCCCUAAUGCAUCAGUCAGUGGACUUUAGUUUUCUGGCUUGUGUUUGGUGUUUAAAACACACACACACACACACACACACACACACACACACCCGAGUGCGGACACGCACGCACAACUUGCAAAUCAAGUGAGUUAACGCUCUGCCAACUUCCUCUAGAUAUUGACCCUAGGGGGUCAGACUCUUAAGAAAAUGAUGCCUGGUUUUCCAUCCUCCUAAUUGCAGUCCCCCACCAACAAGCAAGUCCUAUCUCUAAGUGGAAGCUCACAAAGAAUUUCUCGAGAGAAUAUGGAGCUGCACUGGCAACAAAAUCGUCUCUGCAAAAUGAGAAGAAAGAGUUGUUAACUGAUGAGUCAAUCCAGCUUUUAUAGCAGUUUAUCUUCGUGGUAUUUCCAAGAGCAUAAAUGUUAUAAAAAAAGAGAGACGGUCAUGACAGGAAGAACACAGUAGAAAAAAAACAGGGACGUUUAAGCCAAAAGCAAUUUACUUUGCCAGUAACUGGUUACAUUUCCUUUGUUUUAUUAUUAUUAUUUCAAGGGUUGGGAUUGAGCUGAAAGUUUCCCACACCUGUGCUGUCCUGACACAUAACUUUGGCUAAACCCAUAGAGAAGUGAAUAUAUAAAUGAAUGCCUGGAAACUCUGAACUUUAGAUGCUUUAAGAAAACAAACGAACAAAAACCUUGUUUUGCUAUAUUGUCUUUAAGAAAGCUAUAUUGUAUUGAUGUUUGAAUGAGUUUUACAAAAGGAGAAGACAAAACAUGUGGAUGAGAUGUCAAAGUGGCCGGUUGCUGACUCUCCUGGGAUUAAUGCCUAUAGAAAUAGCAGUGACUUCACAAAGGUGAAUACUUGUUAAUUUCAUGGCCCUGAGUAAGAGGAACAGAUGGGCAGUCAGAGAGGAAAGAUUUUCUUUUUUUAAACCACAGAGAUCUUUCACUGUUCUUCUGCAGUGGGCAGAAUAGUCAGUGGCCCCCUGCAAAGGGGUGAUGUGCGUGGCACACGAAGUUUUAUUGGAACUCUGCGGCUUUAGUGGAAGUCUGUCACCUACUGCUGAGUCAGGAUUGAUGGGGACCCUGCCCUGCCUCAAGUCUGGAGGAUGUUGUUUGCUGCCUGAGAUGGGCUUUUAGUUCCCUUGUACCGUGUCGUGGUAUUUGACUGUUUUCAUUUAGGGAAAGCUCCCUGGUGACUGCCAGCCCAAGUUAAUAAUAUAAAUAUCUCAUUAUGAGACAGACUGAGUGUGUGUGUCUGUUAGAAGUUACUUAAAGCAGGGAUGUUGGAUAAAGUCCAGUUGCCCAGGUUGGAUCCUGUUACCAGUAACCAGUUGCAUGACCUAAAACAACUAAUUCCAUCGCUGUCUCAGUUUCCUGGUCUGGAAAAUGGGGAUAAUAACGGCGCCUUCCCGUUGGUUUGCUGUGAAUUUUAAAUGAGUAUUGUAUGCAAAGUGCUGACUGGCACAGAGAAAGUGCACAAUAAAUACCAGCUAUUGUUAUUAUUCAUGUGUAAUAUUGAAAACAUUGAAUUCUGUGAAUGAGCGUGGAUUAUAUACACAUGCAAAAGUAACCGAGCAUUUAUUGCUUCACACUAGUUUGUUCUGUAGCGGAUCUAACUAGACCCAGUUAUGCUAUCAAUAAGUGUACUGCUGGCCUCCCGCACUCCUGAACACCACCACACCAUAAAGCAUUUGUUUUCACUCACUUCCCUUGCAAAUGAUUUGUUUUCUUGACUCUGUAAGAAAAACAAAAGUAGCCCAGGGACCAGAAUUUUUACUCCCCCCGCCCCCAAAAGCCAGCUCCUCGGUCCCAAAGCUUUGCCCAGGGUCUUACGGAUCUAAAAGGUUUCAAAUUGUGUUAUGGGGGCUCCCAUCCAGUUCUGCAUGCUCUGUUCUCCCUGGGACUUUGAACAUCUGCUCAUCAGGGCACUGGUUACACUGGGUACAAGAUCACAGCUCAUCUAAGAUGCCAAACACAAAGGCUUAACAGUCAUCAGGAACCAAAGGCCUUAGGUUUUCAGUCUCAAUUCCCAGAGCAAACUUCCUGGUCACUAGGUUAUGUUCCCAGAGCUCAAGUGUAAAUAGUAAAGGCGAGCAGAGGUUUACAGGUGCCCAACAUGACAGGUAUGCACAAGGCCAAGUGUGUGGGUCCGGCUCGAAGCUUGAAGGAGUUACAUGUGGGCAUCUUUAUUUCCAUUAGUCACUUAUUCAUUCAACAGAUUUAUAUUAUGUAAUGCCGCCUCCUGGGUGUGUGCUGGGCAGGUGAGAGAUGAGUCUGACAUGGUCCUGCCCUUAAGGACUCUCCAAUUUAGGAUAAUAAUAAGCCAUAAAACCCAACUAAAGUACAAAGAAUACAGUGAUACCUUCCAUAAGAGAAAGUCAGAAAAAGGAGGGCAGAGGGGAAAGGAGAAGAGAUAUUUGAGUUUGAGGCUUGAGUGAUUGGUGGGAUUUGCCCAGCCUACCUGAAAUGUCAGCGACUUGCCUCAUUAGGAACAAAAGGCUUUUUCUCUUGAUCAAAUCCCAUUGAGAGUUUAAGUUUGUGUGACCAGAAUAUUAGGUGCUAGCCUGUUCUAAAUUUACAAUUCUCAGAAUCUGUUGGGGAAGGGCACAUGUGCUUUUCUGGGUUCUGAAAACAGCUCAAAGAAUGGAGAAAAUAGACCCGAUUUGAGGAUGACUUUAUUGUCGGUUCCCGGAACCUUUGCCUUUAUUUAAAACAGCCUGUUCAGUACAAGUUCUAUCUAAAAGGCCUUUGGGAUUUGAAAGCUCUUCUGGAAAUAAAUGCUUUUAGAUUUAAAUGUUUUGGAGGUCUUUUUUUGCCAAAAUGUUAGGAAGGAGAGACCAUAGUUAACAAAUCUGAGAACGGAGGCGAUAUUGUUUUGUUUCUUUUAAUGAAAUGUCUCAGACCUACCCUAAGUUCUGUUUGUCUCUCUGUCAGCUUUCUGCUAGGCUAUUAUUUUGAUAAGGGACAUGAAAGUACAUCAUUCCCUCGCGGUCAUUAAAGUCUUAGCACUUGAGUCGGUUGUGGAAACACUUCUGCGCGACACCAAAAUAGUCCACGCCCUGGCUCCAGGCUGAGGACCGGGGCAGUUCAUGGAAGGUGGCAUUAGGCUGUGACAGGAGAGCAGGAGGUCAGGAUCCACAACACAGGCCCGAUGAAAUCACCAAGGCGGUGCAGGGAGGGGGAGAGAGCAGAGCCCUCCCUGCCAGUCUGGCAACUCGGCAAAGUCCUCAGAGCUCAUCCCACACACUCCGUGCUAGUCACUGCUGUGUGUUUACAUGAGUAAUGGAGCUGCCGGGGGAGGGGAGUCGUAAGCACAGCGCUGAGCCUGGCAGCUUGCACUUGCGUUCGCGUUGGGAGGGAAGCUGACAUCCACACCAAGUCAAGACUUCCAGGGACGUGGCCGGGAAGCAGUCACAUGCUGUAGCUCUCAUGAGCACAGACAUCCUCAGGCAGAUGUUUGUCGACUGGAAUGGCGCCAAACCUUAAAGGCAGACCACGCAAAAAGAAGCCAUGCCCACAGAGAAGAGAUUCGUUCAGUGGUGUUAAAGAUUCUAACAACAAUUCCGACGGCAAAGCUGUUGCCAAGGUGAAAUGUGAGGCCAGGUCAGCCUUGUCCAAGCCGAAGAAUAACCAUAAUAACUGUAAAAAAGUCUCAAAUGAAGAAAAACCAAAGGUUGCCAUUGGUGAAGAGUGCAGGGCAGAUGAACAGGCUUUCCUGGUGGCACUUUAUAAAUACAUGAAAGAAAGGAAGACGCCAAUAGAGCGAAUACCCUAUUUAGGUUUUAAACAGAUUAACCUUUGGACUAUGUUUCAAGCUGCUCAAAAACUGGGAGGAUAUGAAACAAUAACAGCCCGGCGUCAAUGGAAACAUAUUUAUGAUGAAUUAGGCGGUAAUCCUGGCAGCACCAGCGCCGCCACUUGCACCCGCAGACAUUAUGAAAGAUUAAUCCUACCAUAUGAAAGGUUUAUUAAAGGAGAGGAAGAUAAACCCCUGCCUCCAAUCAAACCUCGGAAACAGGAGAACAGUUCACAGGAAAAUGAGAAUAAAACAAAAGUAUCAGGAACCAAACGCAUCAAACAUGAAAUCCCUAAGAGCAAGAAAGAAAAAGAGAAUGCCCCAAAGCCCCAGGAAUCAUCAGAGGUCUCAUCAGAGCCAGAGAAGGAACAAGAGACAUUAAAUCAGAAGAGCAUCACGGAGCCUCUCCCGGCAGCAGAUGUGAAGAAAAAAAUGGAAGGGUACCAGGAUUUUGCAGCGAGGCCCCUGGGGUCUAGGGCAGACCCAGAAAAGGACAAUGACAUAGAUCAAGGUGCCGACAGUGAGAAGGUGGUGGAAGAGGUGGGAGAGAAGGGGCCUCCUCCUCCACUCCCGAGUGCCCCUCCGGCCCCCGAAAGGGGUCCAGCCCCUGUCCCCGGGGCCGGCAAACAGCCACUCACCUCUCCCAGCGCUCUUGUGGACUCGAAACAAGAACCCCAGCCCUGCUGUUUUACAGAGAGCCCUGAAAAUGACCUCCAAGAAGCGCCCUUCCCUGGCUUCCCCACCACGCAGCCACCCCUGGCAAACCAGAAUGAGAUAGAGGAUGACAAGCUACCCGCAAUGGCGGAUUACAUUGCCAACUGCACCGUGAAGGUGGACCAGCUGGGCAGCGAUGACAUCCACAAUGCCCUAAAGCAGACCCCGAAGGUCCUCGUGGUUCAGUCAUUUGACAUGUUCAAAGACAAAGACCUGACUGGGCCCAUGAAUGAGAACCACGGGCUCAAUUACACCCCUCUGCUCUACUCAAGGGGCAACCCAGGCAUCAUGUCCCCACUGGCCAAGAAGAAACUUUUGUCCCAAGUCAGUGGGGCCAGCCUCUCCGGCAGCUACCCCUAUGGCUCCCCACCCCCUUUGAUCAGCAAAAAGAAACUCAUUGCCAGGGAUGACCUGUGUUCAGGUUUGUCCCAGGCCCACCAUGGCCAGAGUACCGACCACAUGGCUGUUAGCCGGCCGUCAGUGAUUCAGCACGUGCAGAGUUUCAGAAGCAAGCCCUCGGAGGACAGAAAGAGCAUCAGUGACAUCUUUAAGCAUGACAAGCUGGGUCGAUCAGAUCCCUACCGCUGCAGUCUCUCCAAGCAUCACCUUAGCCCCCUUGCUGACUCCUACGUCCUGAAGCAAGAAAUUCAGGAGGGCAAGGAGAAGCUUCUGGAGAAAAGGGCGCUCCCUCACUCCCACAUGCCUAGCUUCCUGGCUGACUUCUACUCCUCUCCUCAUCUCCACAGCCUCUACAGACACACUGAACACCAUCUUCACAACGAGCAGACAGCCAAGUACCCUUGCAGGGACAUGUACAGGGAAUCAGAAAACAGCUCUUUCCCUUCCCACAAACACCAAGACAAGCUCCACGGGAAUUAUCUCGCGUCGCUACAUCUGCAAGACAAAAAGUCGGCCACGGCCGAAGCGCCCACGGAUGAUCAGCCGACGGACCUGAGCCUUCCCAAGAACCUGCACAAGCCCACGGGCAAGGUCCUGGGCCUGGCGCACUCGGCCCCAGGGCCCCAGGAGAGCAAGGGCGCCCCCCACUUCCAGGUCCUCAACAGCCAGGGGCGAGACUGCCACCCCAAAGCCUGCCGGGUAUCGCCCAUGACCAUGUCGGCCCCUAAAAAGUACCCCGAAUCGCUCUCCAGGUCGGGAAAACCUCACCACGUGAGAUUGGAGAACUUCAGGAAGAUCGAGGGCAUGGUCCACCCCGUCCUGCACCGGAAAUCGAGCCCCCAGAACAUUGGCGCCGCGCGCCCCAUAAAGCGCAGCCUAGAGGACUUGGACCUCGUGAUUGCCGGGAAGAAGGCGCGGGCGGUGUCGCCCCUGGACCCAUCCAAGGAGGCCUGUGCGAAGGAGAAGGCCUCGGAGCCGGAGAGCGAAGGCGGCAAGGCGGCACACAGCGCGCACUCGGGGGGCCCAUCGGAGGGCCACAAGCUUCCGCUCUCGUCCCCCAUCUUCCCAGGUUUGUAUUCCGGGAGCCUGUGUGGCUCGGGCCUCAACUCCAGGCUCCCGGCCGGCUAUUCCCAUUCUCUGCAGUACUUGAAAAACCAGACCGUGCUUUCUCCACUCAUGCAGCCCCUGGCUUUCCACUCACUUGUGAUGCAGAGAGGAAUCUUCACGUCGCCGACAAAUUCUCAGCAGCUUUACAGACACUUGGCUGCGGCCACACCUGUAGGAAGUUCGUACGGGGACCUUUUGCACAACAGCAUUUACCCUCUAGCUGCUAUAAAUCCUCAAGCUGCCUUUCCGUCUUCUCAGCUGUCGUCCGUACACCCCAGUACAAAACUGUAAGCCCAGAGCUGCACUCCUUACCCUGGGGGUGAUGGCUUAUAGAAUUAGAAGUCAGUAUUUCUUCUAAUCCGGGGGUAAGAUCAGUCCCAGCCAAAGGGGCUGAACAUGCCGAGAAGGGAGGUGAACAUACCUGAUUUUUCCUGGGACGACUCCAGCCUUGGCUAGUCGGUCUCCAGCCCCUUCCAACCCAGAUGCCCUGGCGCCUAGAUGGUUCCCUUUGCAUGUGGGUCUUGUGAAGGGAUUUUUGUGUAUCCAGGAAGAAUUUAGAGGACCCCGUCUUGAGGAUGGUCAGGAACAAUUUGGGGAAAAAAAAAAAAAAAAAAAAAAAGAAAGAAAAAAAGAAAACAAAAAAAAGAAAAGAAAAAAGGGGGAAGGGGCAGGCAUUUCAAAGGAAGGGGCAAGGAAGACUGGCAAACAUUUGCCAAGGGAUGCCCCUCUUCCCACAAAACUCUCCAAGGUUCAAUCAAUGCAAUGUAUAGUGAAACUUCAGUAGAUCUUUCAUUUUGACACUAUUAAACAAUCCAGAGAAGUAAACACUGUUAAAAUGACUGUAUAUAUUUGCUUCUUAAAACUACCCGUAUCACUGUUUGCUCACCUAAUUUAUAUACAGGUAGUUCCAUUUUCUCCCAGUUCCUUCUUGUCCUUUUUUUUUUUUUUUUUUUAACAGUAUCGCUUUUGUUUGCAGGUCUUUUGUUUUGUUUUAUUUUGUUUUGUUUUGUUUUGUUUUUUAAAGGCUGACUGACUGUCCUAGUUGUUGAUGUGUGUUUGUAAUUUUUCCACAUCUUACCAUUUUGAGCAGCUUUGGGUGGUAAAGUUAUUGUUUACAAAUUGAAGCAACUGAUUCUAGUGGAACAAAUGAAAAAAACAGUUGAGCACACAAUAGUGCAAAGAAUGUUCCUUUGCAGAUCCGCAACUUAAGGAUUUUGUUCCUCAUAAAUGGCAUAGUCGAAAGAGCUUAUACACUGCUUACCCGGCCAAAUGCUUUGCUUUGAAGUAUUGGGUUAUGUGAAAAUAUCGAGCAUUGUCCUUACCUUAUCUAGGCUGUGAAACUGUCCUACAUACCAGAGGAAUCAUAAAAACAAAAACCUCACUGGCAGCAAGCUGCUGAACAACAAGAGUCUAGAGGACAUAUUUGUGGGCUGCGCAGAUAUUUUAGGAAUUUCAGAAAUUAGAACAGAAGCCAAAAUGAUUUACAUUGGUGUUGGCACCGAUCCCUUUAAACAGUGUGGGAAAGGGGGUUGGGGAAGAAGAAGGAGCCCCACUAUCCAGAAGAAAAGGAGCAGCUGGAGGCCCGGGCACCUGAUACCUUCCCUGGGUCGCGGUCUUUUGAGUAAUAAUAGGUAGUCACAUGGCCUUCAUCAAGUUGGUUUCUUGUUCUCAAGAAGAGCCUCCCAGGCCACAUCUCUGUGGGAUAAUUGGCAUCCUGGAUUACCCAUUUCAAAAGAAAGCCCUCUUCUUUGGGUUUAUGGGGCGUUAGUUUUGUGAGUAUGCACGCACAUCUGGUGGGUUGUGUCAUGUUUUUAACCACCUGGCAAGACAGUCCACUUUACGAUUUCUUUUAUUGUUGGAAGAAAUGGCCAAGUUGUUCAAGCAGUCAAAAGAUGUGGAGAAUGUGUAUGGUCAUUCUCGCCACUUUAUUCCAUGCGCUGCUGGGAUGUAACAUCGAGGUGGAUGCAUUUUCUAAGUGUGUUAAAAGUCAGUCAAUACAGAGUGGAUUUUCUUUCCAAGUCCCAUCCCUGCUGAUAAGACUGCUUGGGUGAACUCCCCAGCCAACCUUUCCCUCCCCCAACACUACCAGUAGACAUUAGAACCACAGUUAACCAGUCCUUUACCUCUGAGAUAUUUAAUUCUAUGAAAAUUUUGAUGACAAUUUUCAACUUCUAAAUAGGUAACUUGACUGCAAAAUAACCACAACUGGUAAACAAGGACACUGCGGCUCUUAAAGCCAUGCAUGCCAUACAUUUGUAUUGAAGCGUCUCCAUGACAUGAAGCCAAAUAUUCAAUGUAACAUACUUAAUAUCCAAAGGUGGAAACAAAAGAAUGUAGAGAUCUAGUGUUAAGAGUUCCAUUUGCUUCAAUUAAUUAUUUACCUUCCUGUGGAAUUUUACAUAUAUAUAUAUAUAUAUAUAUACCAUAGAUAGACUAGUAGAAUAUAGAUUAUAAAUGUGUGAGUGCAGAUUAUCCUGCUAUUGCACAAGAUGGAGGGGGAAAAAAAUCUCAAUUCCAGCUGGCAAAUUGCUAGCCAGGACACAUAUAAGCAAGUUGCACUAGAUUGAAUGGUCACAGAAUCAGAGGCCAUGGAAGAAAAAGGAAACUCCAGUGUUUCUGCAGCAGAACAUGGGCUAGACUAGCACAUGGUCUCUAGGAGUCUGUUUCUCAAAGGAGUGGGGGCCAUCUGUCCCUGGUGGAGCUCACCUAUCCGUUUGGAAUAUGGGGCAUUUGUUCUCCCUGCUACAAUGAUUUCAGUCUGGUUUCAUCAUGUUGGAAUUCGAUCACACCAUUUUCAAACAAUGUUAACAUAGUCCAGCUUUUGUUUUCCUCAUCUCUUCCGAGAGGAGACUCACUGUUUCUGUCUGAGGAAGCUCAUACCCUCGGCAAAACAUCAGGACAAAUAAAGAGAGAUGGGGGUAUACAUUCCCAACAGAAGCAGUGUGUUAUUUGUUUUAAAACUCCGAACAGAGAUCUUGGAAAUCUUUCAAAAAAACCAUUGAAUUCUUCAUUGGCUGAGAACUACAUUUUAAAAAGUCUUAAAUAGGGCUUUGUUUGCAUUGUUUGAGUUCAAGGGGCCUUAUUAUUGAAUGGAAUUGCCCAAGCCUUUCUUUGUGCAAUCAAAGCAUUGUUAUUGGUAGUUUAGUAAAGGAAACUGUGGAAUCUAAUUGGCAAUGGAGUCAUAAAUCUAUUUACUGAGUGUGGCUUCCAAGAAAUGUUGCAAUUCAAAAUAGCACUAAGUCCGUGAUUUACUGGACACUUGGAGAUUCUAAAUAAUAUUAAAAAAAAAAAAAAAGAAAGAAAGAAA